GGGUCUGAAUUAUUUCAUCCAGCGAAUGAGCAGUGAGGAUACUGCAGCGCCAGGAUGACCUUUAUUGAAGUGUUUUAAGCACCGGCCGCUGUGGUGGCGCCUCCAGCCGCUGUCUCAUCUGUAUGUGUCCCUGUCCCAGCUGCAGACAGGGCUUUUCAUUGCUGAUUUGAAGCAGGUGGGAUUCGACAGCUCCUCACCAUGGGAGGCAACAGCAGCACGACCAGGAAAGUCUCGUACGGACUGGACGAAGACGAGAAGGUCACCGUAAUUGAGGGGGUAAAGGUAGAUGUUCAAUAUUUGGCAAUUUCGUGAAAAAUGUGAGUUUUAAGUUUGAACACCCGUGUUUACAGUAGACAACGGCCACUGAAGCUAAUAACGGUUAGCUAGGAGGCUCGUGCGGUAGUGCGUGAAGGCUGACAGGUCCCGUGUCCUUAAAUGACUCCUCAUACCCGCUUUCACCCCUCAAUGUCCUCUCAGUCUUACGCUCUCUAAGAACACAACUUCAACUCCGACCUAUCUCAUAUGGAGUUUAAAAUUCACAACAUUUAGUUGUUUGCGAAAUGCAAAUAAAGCGGUUACCAUUUAAGCAGCCUAACAUUAUGUUGGAAAUGUUGGCUGUUGGAAAGUGUUGGAAUUUCCUAGCGCAACGUAAAUGUUACGUUACUGCUACGUACGUCUGCUGUAAAUGUUAUCAUUUUGUGACGUCAAACGGCAAGAAAAAUGGACGGCUACACUUUUGUACGUUCAAGUCAUUUCGAGUUUAUAUGAUACAUUUCGGCAGCAACGAUCGUGAAAAGUGGACAUUUAAAGUUAUUAAAACAAAAGCAAAGCAAAGCCAAAACAGCACACUGCAGAAAAGGAAUUUCAAGAAAGGAAAACAGCCUUGUAUUAAGGAAAUAAGUCUUAUUUUUUUUGUACAGAAAGAAUAUUGAUCUUGUCAAGCAUUUUUGGCAUUAGAAAAAAUAUCUAAUUUUAAGAGAAAACGACUAACUUUAUCUUGAUAAGAUAUUCUAGUUAAUUUUGAGAUAGAAUGAACCAGAAAUAGAGUAGAAAAUGUUUUACAAUAAAAUCCAGCAGAGCAACAAGAUCACUCAUCUCAUUAGACAUAUGUACAACUUCUCAAUUGAAGAAUUCCAUGAAACAAGAACAGUUUUAUUAAGAUUUCCAUUGCAGGUCAUUUGAAUCUGACAGAAUCUGCUGCCUCAUCCAUUAUCUGACAUAUAAAGAUGUCAGUAGUCUAGUCUGUACAACAGACAACAUAAUACAGUGACCAGAUAAAAACUGCAAAACAACAAAGAACAUGCUUGCUUUCCACAUGCUUGCUUGUGGAAUAAAAAAUAUAUAUUUAAUGAGAAUGUUUUGGUAUCUUGAUUGAAGAUAACGUCACUUAUAUUUGCUAUGCUGUUUUAAGAAAUUAUGUCUUAUUUGAACUGCUGUCAUGCUCAUUAAUAAUCUGAGAUUGAGGUGUGUUUUUUAAGUUGAUUUAUUCAAGAGACAAAAAUUCUAAUUUUAAGUAACUUCAUCUUCAUUUUUCAUUGCUUGCUGUAGAAAAAAUUAGAUUAAUAUAAGAUUUUUUUCUGUCUAGUUUUAAGUUUCAUUUGAGUCUGUCAGGGCCAAGAAAUUUGUUCUCAUUUUGAGAAUUCUUGUCAAGCAAAAAAAGCUCACCCCAUUGGCAGAUUUUUUUGCUUAUUUGAUUGAAUAUAGGGAUAUUUUGCUUCUUUCUAGUAGGGCUGUUUUUGCAGUGCAAGAACACAAAGUUAAUUAUAAGACAUUUUUAAUGUAGAAGCAUAAAUGUUACACAGCAGUGUUGUAUAAUAACAAUGGAUAUUCAGAAAACUGCGAAGACCCAGUGAACCUGCAUAUUGUACUGAGGAAAGGUUAAUUUAUUAUGCAUUUAUGUGUUGAUUGUGUAGACAACUGUAGCCACUCUUUGUCAUAUAACCAGAGAUGUGAGGCACAGCUUUGCAGCAGCACAUCUGGAGCUGGUAGACAAUAGGGCUGGGACGAUAUGCUUUUCUCCUGAUUCGAUUCUUCUACGAUUUUUCGGAUGCCAAUUUGAUUUAAAUUGUGAUUCUACGAUAUUGUCGAUUUUCUCGAGAUUUAGUCUAAACUAGUCUAAACACCAGUGAAACAGUUGAAUACACCUCACAUAUAAGUCAGUUUUAAAAAUCGAUUUAAAAAUUGUAAAACAAAAAAUGGCUAUACUUAUGUGAAUCAAUUUUUUCUCCCACCCCUAGUAGACAAGUUACUGGUGACAUUAUAAUGGCCUCUAGCUUUUGAGUCUUUAUCUUGUAGAUUCUGAAAACAUCCAUGUGCCCUAUGUGCACAUCCUGGUGCUUUAACUGUUUUUGAGUAUGUUUUGUAAACUCACACUUUUCUUGUCCAGCUCUCUGAUGAAGUGCUCCGGCGAAUGAGGGAGGCUCAGGGGUCUGACAGCUCCAAGCCCCCGCCAUCCCCACCAGAAAGUAAGAAAACACCACCAAGUAAGUCAGUGUCAAAGACCUUUCUUUUCUCACAGAACUCUCAUUGGGAGGCCUAGUAUGUCAGCAAACAUGUUUCAACACAGUGACUCGUGAGAAUAGUGUCAGGAUGAAUGUCAGAGCAAGAGCAUGUUUUGUUUUUCUGUAAGUUUAACAAAAAUAAAACUGUUAUUAUUACAUCAACAUUAGAGACAUGGUUUAACGAGAGUUUAUUUUUAGGAGACUGACUGAGUGAUACAGAAUCAUUCCACAGGCAGCACAAUUGGCCAGAAUGUAACCCUGUGUAAUUGGGUAACAAUUUCUUGCUCUUGUUGCUCUGUUCUCCAAACCUGUUCUAAUAUUUACACUUACCCCUUUUGAUUCUCAGGUGCAAAACCAACAGGGCCCUCCAGUUCAGAGAUUCAGGAAGAAAUCCGCAAAAAGUAGGUCACCAAGAAGCUAAAAUCGUUGUAAUCUGUUGUUGCUCUGUCAUAAUUCAAGCACCCACUACACCUUUGUUUGUGCAUUUGUUUGAUUGUUCAUGAGCAUUGACUUGCCUACAGCUUAACAACCUCCAGGUAUGUCAAUUUUUCACUGCAUAUUCAACUUGAGAACUAGCUCAUGUGCAGAAUAUUGAAAUCCAACUCAGUCUAUGUCAUAUACUUUAGAUUUGUAUACACUUGGUGCUAAUGUGUACUCUUUAUGGAGAACAUAGGCAUUUGGAGUGACCUGUCAACACUGCCUGUGCUAAAUCACAGGCAUGCUGCUAUGCUGCUGGCAUGCUCAUAUACUAUCCCAGGCCUCUAAAGAUUUAUAUGCUGGAAAAUCAGACACAAAAAUAAACAGGUUAUCAUGACAUAACAAUAUUAUGUACUCCAAUAUUGUUGAAUUAUAAAUGUUUUAAGAUGUCUUAGGGUCUAAAUGGGCAUUUUGUUUUACCAUUACCAGACCAGUGCAGAGAUACAGGUUUACUUUUUGAAGAUUCACUUUGGCUUUUAAAUGCAUGUUUCCAAAAAUAUCAAUAUUGUUGUUAAUCAACAGAAAUGGAUAUCUCUGACCUUGCUGUGAACUCGUUGAUGGACCAAGUACUCGUAUGUUUGGCAGACUUUCAUGACACAAAUAAAGGUUAAAUGUCAAAACAGCUCUUAUCUUCCCUACUUCAGCUUUGAGCGUCAGCAGGCCCUGGUAGAGGAGCAGUUGGCGCAGCUGGCCCAGAGGGAGAGAGAGUCGGCAACAACCACAGGCCGAGAUGGACUGGCCCCUGCCCUCAUCCUGGAGAGAGGAAAAGUUCAUGAAGAGCAAGGAAAGGCCAAGCUACUGGUGAGUGAUACUUUCUGGGUCUACCCCAGAAGCCAAAGCUGUACUUCUACAACAGGGGUCCUCAUGAUGAGCUCUACUGUAAUGUACUGAAAAGUCUUUAAACUAUUGAUUUUAUUUAUUUAUUUAUACUGUACUUUCUCUCAAAAAAGUAAUCUUGUGCAACAAAAAAAUUGUCAUAAUGUGAGCUACCAAAACCUAUAAUUAGUAAUUAUUUUUUGAACAGCUGUUACUGUGAAUUGGUUUAGUUUAUCCAUACAUUUCUUUGUUGGUAAAACUGGAUUUUUUGAUGCACUUAGGACCACAGCACUUCAAAAUGUCUUGUGUCUGUAAAGACUAAAAGGCAAGUUUAUAAAAAUGACUUUUUAUCAGCAUUUUGUCAUGCACAUAUAUACAAUUAUCUCGAAGCACUACAUCUUUUGCAUAAGCCGACAGCACCCUCUACUGCUCAGUUUUAAAAGGACAACUCAGCCGUGAGCUUGUGCUACUGGAAAGCUCUCUGCGGGGUGAUCUUUAUGUUCAGUGUUUUCUUAUGAUAGCAUAAUUUUUCUCCUCCUUAUUUCACGUCCUAAGCUAUUUGUAUAAUCAUCAUCAUUAGAACAUGUAAAGAAAACCAAUGAAAAAGCUGCUCUAAAUCAUUAUGAUUUGCUCAGUUUCACCUGGUUUUACAUCACUUACAACUUCUCUUGAUGACAAAAUGUCUGCAAUGAAAAAGUUUUGGGAACAAAUGAACAAAUGAUAAAACAAAUAAUACACAGAUUGUUCUCCCCAGACUGUUUGCAGUGUUACCCGUACAGAUAUUGAUGAUGUAUUGCAAUGAUUUAUUUGCACCCUCGCACCCUGUUUACCUUUUUCAGUGAAGAUAAAACACUGGAUUUUCUAAGGCUGUCUUGUCUGCCUCUGCUCUCCGGUUGAUCUGUCCUGUGGUGUCUUUACAGACUGCGGGCCUUUUAAUGAAUACUGAAUAAACCUGCUGGCUCAGCUUACACUGAUAGGGUCUCAGGCAUUGGUAUGUGAGACUUAACUCCCUGACAACUUUCCAUACUUUUUUGACAUGACAAGUUAACAGAGAGAGUUAGUGUGUGCAUUGUGCAGCUGUCUGUGUUCAGUUUGGGAGGUUUCUUCUGUCUGUGGCUGUAUGGGACUGAAAAUAACAAUCGUCCUAACAUUGACUUAAGUGUCUGGUGUUGUUGACAGGUUGUCUCUUUAUCACAUUGUGAGUGUGUAUUCAUUUGAAUGUAGAGUGCCAUCUGUAUAAAUGAUAAAAAGUAGAUGGAGAUUUUUUUUCUGCUGCCUCCAAUGUGGUUAGGAACUUGAUAAACAUCCAUACAGACAUGCCAGGAAACCAAGACAGCAUGUAACUUUGAUUCUCCACUGGCUUUCUUUUCCUACCUUUAUAUCCUUCUCACCUUUCCUUCUUGUUUGAGCUCACCUCUACAUCCCUCUUCUUCUUGCCUACCUGUCAAACACAGUCAUUGUUCCCCAUUCUGUUUUUUUUCCAGUGUUUAAAUUUGACACAUACUUAACACCCAAAAGAGGCAGAAGUCUGAAAUAGUUCCCUACCAACAUUAAAAAGGAAGACACGCUUGGUUUAUAUACAUCUUGUUGCAUUGCUUCAGCUUUAGGAAAAAUUGAAAGCACCGGUGGAUCUGAUUGAAGAGCCCUGCCAGUAUCAAAUCUCUGAGCUUAGCAGGUGGUCUUGCCUCUCCUCUUUGCAUUUUCUGUCAACCUUGCAUCUCCUAGCAACAACACAGCAGGAAGCUUACUGGAAAAGUUUCUGUGCCACCCUCUCUUUCCCCAUUCCCCUUUUAAACGCUUAGCUUUGAGUAGUGUUGGAGCUGCCUUAUUUCCCAGUGGAGACACACAGGCACAGAAAUACAUCCACACACAAUAGACGAACAUAUAUAUAUAUAUAUAUAUAUAUAUAUAUAUAUAUAUAUAUAUAUAUAUAUAUAUAUAGCUAACACCCCUCAGUCUCUUUCCCCAUGUGUGCUCCUGGCUCCCACAGCAGGUAGGCUGUGUGUCAGAGAUGGGGCGAGGUGGAGGAGAGAAGAAUGUGGAGGCAACACCUGUCAGAGAGCGGAGCUGCUCCCCACACUGCCUGGGGCUGCCUGUCACAAACACUCACAUUAGCCAUUUACUCCUGGCUCAGCUCCAACUGCCACUGCUGGGACUAUUUGUGUGUGUAUGCGCAAAUAUAUAUCGCAUCUACACAUGUGAGCAUACCUGUGCAUUAAGCAGACUCAGUGUUUAUUUACAUCAGAGGACUGUGUGCGUGUGUGGAAAUCUGCCUGCAAGGUUCAUUCACAGUUCACUCUUUUUACAGAUUCCUUGCUUACUAUAUAUAUAUUUUUUUAUUUUUUAAGCAUAGCAUUUGCAUUUGUGUUUAGUACAGAAUUCCCAAUUCCUGUACAUCACCUGAUAGUAAUCUUUCCUCCUAUUCUAUAUUUUUCAACAGGGUGAAAAGUGUUCCUGUAAACACUUUAUAUGAAUCUACCUCUUAUAAUGCAUCAUAAGCACAUUUAUAAAGCAUAUAAAUGCAUCUAUAAGGCUUUCUAACAAUCCUUAUAAGUAAUUAUUAUUUGUAACAGCUUACUGCAGUAUUCAUGAGGUAUUAUUGGCAGUAAGCACAAUUCCUUAUCAAAGUAUUUAUAAUGCAUUAUACUCCGAUGCUAAAUAACAUAUGCAUCUUUUGAACUCUGGCUUUUGUAAGACACUAUAACCCUCACAGCUUACCCAGUUAUAAAGGUUCAAUUUAGUCUAUGUAUCAAAAAAAAAGUUAAUAUUUCAAUUAUUCUAAGUUUGAAAAAUGCCUUAUUAAUACUCACAACAUGCUAAAGCAUGGCUUAGGGCACUUUAAGUGACAGCACUGUAUGAAGUUAUGAACAAUUAUAUAUUCUUAAAACAUUUUAAGAACUUAUAAGUAGUAUUUUGUGGCUGUAUUUUAAGUGUCAGACAAAAAUACUUCACAAUAAUAGUACAUUGUUAUAUUAAUAAAUCUUUUCUUUUGCAUUAAUGUGUAAAGCAUAAUAAACCAUACCUUCAGAAGACACUGAUAACAACAAUUAAUACACAUUUCUGUAAGCUUUUGGAAUGUUUUUUAUGACUCAUAAGGGUUAUUAUAAAAUCUUAAAGAAGACUUUUUAAGACUUAAUAAAUGUGCUAAUAAUGCAUUAAAAGAGGUUCAUAGAGUUCAUAUAUGGUGUUUUCCUUUCCCUCACUGAAGCAUUUGUCUGAAAGUUUCAAAAGUUGGUUUCUAAUUAUAAAUCAUGUACCAAUACAUUGAUUGUGUGAUUAACAAUUCAACUGUACAGAAACAAGGGGAGACUGUGGAUCCAGAGUGUUGUCUUUUGUAAUACUACUGAUUCAGUGUCAGUCAAACAUGCUAAAAUGUUUUUCUUUGUCUUGAUGAAGCCUUGAAGUAAGCCAAGGUAAAGUCUUUGUGUAAUUUAUAGUGUACUGUUGAACUAAGACUCACCAGAUACAGUUGAACAGAUACCAUCCCUGGGGAUGUGAUGAACCAAGAAAAGAUGGUGUUUAUGUUGCAGACAUUAUAUAGGAGAGUGGGGAGAGGUUUCCCCUCAACGUGCUACAGAUGAUAAACAAUCAAGUGCAGCUUCCUUUUCCGUGCUGUUAUUAUGCUGUUAGAUAUAAAGAUAUGUACAGAGGUGUACAGCACAAUUCAAGGAGGCGACUGACAAACUGCUUCAUCAACUUUGAGUGUUGUUGAAGAUCAAUGUGUGAAGGCUGACACCAGUAAAAUGAUUAGAAAACAGACAUCAUGAUGGACAUGUGAUGCACUUCAAAAUAGCGUUCUUCAAGCUUGAAGUCCGCUCUGUAGCGGGAAUAUCUUUUAUCCCUUUACUGCUGAGCCUGCCCUUUGCAAUGAUGGUGUCCAAAGAGUCCAGACCCUGAGCCUGGUGACGAGUGGUCCAAAACUGGUGCUGCUAAGCUAUUGAUAAAAUCAUUAAAGGGUCUGACAUUACAUCUCCUCACGUCUUUGCUCUGGUGGUCCAAAACACUUGUCAAAGUGUACAGAGAAUCGCAUGAUCAAGCUCCAGCUAAUAUCAAAGAGCUGCUGAAGCAGACUUUGAGGUCCUCUGGUCAGGGUUUGCUGGUUGUUCAUCAGACUAGGCUUAAAGCUUAAGGGAGCCUUGCAUUUGAAGUCAUUGCUCAUUAAAAUUUAGAACUGUACCUCACUGGAACUGUGAACCGUGGACUCUGUAGAGAUUUUUAAAAAGCAAUUCAAGACCAUUUUGUCUAUAUCUGUUUUGUCUAUUGCAGUGCACCAGUUUAUCUUGGUUGGUCCUCAUUACAUUGGUUGUAGAAUUAAUUCCUGUCCCCAUAUUUCCUAUCAUUGUCCUACCAAAAAAAAAGGCAAAAAGAGAAGAGAAGGUGUUUGGGUGGAAAAGUCUCAUACUAGGGGUGGGAGAAAAAAUAUAUACAGCAUAGUAUUGGGAUAUCUUGUCUGGUGAUAAAUUGUAUCGUCUCAUUUACAGAGUAUCGAUUUUUCAAAUUAAUUGCCAAUAUAGAGUCAAAUCUUUGACAUUGAAAAAUAAAAUCAACUGUUUGUCCAGUGAGGUUGGCAGAAGUGACAUCAUAGAGCAGGAGAAAGUUAGUACAACAAAUAUAUAUAUAUAUAUAUAUAUAUAUAUAUAUAUACUGUAUAUAUAUAUAUAUAUAUAUAUAUAUAUAUACAUAAGGUUUGCAAGGUGUGCUACAUGAAAAUAAAGUACAGCGUAAAUAAGACAAACAUAAAGGAAAGCCUAAUAUUUAGAAUGAGGUCAAGUUGAAAAAAUUCACAUAAAUCGCAAUAUAUGGUAUCGCAAUGCUCACUGUAUUGCAAAAUGUUAAAAAUCGCAAUAAUGUCAUAUUGUGUGGUGGUCCAAGUAUCGUGAUAAUAUCGUAUCGUUGGGCCACUAGUGAUUACCACCACUCAUACUCAUACUGUCUCAUACUGCAGGAACAUAAAUUUACAUGUAAAAACAUCAUAACAGUCUGUGAUAUGUGAUGCUAUAUUAUGUCAUGAUGAGUCUUCGACCACUUGGAUUAUCUCUCUUUUUGUUCUCCUGCAACUAUAGUCAGUGUUUUGAGGAGAGCUCACAGUGCAACUCAAACUUAUUUCUCUGCUUUCCUCUUAUUCUUCCUCGCUGCAUUCUCUCAACUGGCUCUUUUUUUUAAACAAGGGAGCAUUGUGAUUUCAGCGAAGAAAGAAUAACGUGAAAUCAGGCUCUAGUUCUCAGCACUGACCCUGUCUAAUAAGUAAUUAUUGCUUCACUUGACUCCUCAUUUCUUAUUUGGUUGCUCAAUUAAUAUCAAGCACACAGAGGGAAAUAAGGCAGCUGAUGUGGCAAUCUGAGUUUCUGCUGCUUGUUUUCACAUUACUCUGUCUGUCUGUGUCUUCCCCUUUGUAAAUGUGACCUCCAGCCUAUCAAUAGAAGCUCACCAAGCGCACACAAUGUAUCAUUCCUGACAUCAUCUUUCCUUGUUAUUAGGCCAAAUUUAGGCCCCUCCAACAGUAACACCUUGAGAGACAACAUGUGAUAUUAACACCUCAUCUCUCCUCCUCUGCUUUCUUUCAUUAGCACCUCCUGUGUUUGUUUUCUUCCCUGGACUAUUCUCCCGGCUCGAAGGUGUCAUUGCUGCUGCAAAUAAAUGCCAUUAGUAUGCACAGGCAUUCAGUGCUGAGCGACACACACAUAUAUAUAAAAGCACAGAUAAUAACAAGCAUUUGCUGUAAGAAGCUUUCUUGGACGUGACUUCCUUGUUGAGCACAUAAAUGUUUGUAAAUUGUCAGAUGAUUUGCUUUCAGUCCUUUUUGUAUGCAAGCUUUCACUUGCUGUCACAUACAAUAAAGCAGUGAUGGACCACAGCGGUACUAAAUUCAGCAUUAAUUCAAACCAGAUUAGAGCAAAAUUCCACUUAACAAAAUAAGACACAAGACAUAUCAGGUACUAGAGAGAGAGUGUUUCAAACACUGUAUCUGAUGGGUAUAAAAUAAUGUAAUCUAGUUGAUACGCUUGUUUUAAUUUCCUUGCACAUUGAAUAACUGUGAGUCACGUCAAGUCGCUUCAUUCCCCUAUAUUCUGCUCGAGUGGUACCCAGAAGUUUCUUAACCCUGGAGGCAGUUUCACGUCAGUUUGGGUGUGGAAAAUAGGUUACUUAUCAUGCCUCACCACACCACUUGUCCCUUGUUCAUCCUCUCUUCCUAUUUCUUCAAACUCAUUUGCUUUUGACUCCCAUAAACCUAGCAAUUGAGUUACAAACUGCUCAACAGAGGGUGACACUGUUGACACUGCCGCUCAAUCUACUUUAUUUCCCUCAUGACCAAACAGUCAAACAAUCCAAACAAGGCAAAAAGCCAAGCCAGUUAUUCCUAAGAUUAUGUCCAAAAGACAUCAUGUAACUGUAAGUGGUGACAGAUUUUUGGAUGAAGAGAUAGAUGUCUCCUGUUAAACUGUAAAUCUGUUUAUGUGAUUUAACAGUUAUACAUUUUUCAACUUAAAUGUGUGAUAGGAGGUGAUUCUCCCAUUUGGUCAGUCCUUAUGUCCUCUUUUUCUCACACCUCUCUUCCCCAGCCAGAUUGCAGGUGGGAGGAGGAGGAGGAGGCAGGUAGUUUUCACAUAUAUUGUGUAUAUGUAACUUAACGUCUGUGUCAGACUUGUCUUAUUUAGGAGGAUUAAGAAAAUAGUUUGUUGUAAUUUGCAUUUCUUUCAGGGUUUUUAUUCCAUUCCUCUGUCAUUAGACCCGCCUUGUUACAUCAUCCCCCAUUAUAUUCAACACAUUUUUAUAACAUUUGGCUCCUCUGGUGUUUGGAUGUGGCAGGUUUGUCAGUGUGAGGUGAGGUAACAGGUGCAGUAGCUCCGUAAACAGUCACUAGAUGGCAUUGUUGAAGCGUGGUUUGUUCUCUGAGGUGAUCAGAAGUAGGAUGGAUUCAUGCUCCACACAGCGACAUGUGCUCCUGGGCAACAUGUUCUCCCAUCAUUUUUUCCUCCUCUUCUGUUUCUCAUCUUUUUAUCUUCCUCUUUUCAACCUCGAGACCUCAGUGUGUGUGUGUGUGUGAGUGAGUGAGAGAGAGAGAAAGAGAGAGGUUGAAUGAUGACUCAGAGAGGAGCAUUUGACACUGUCCAAAAGAAAGAUGAUGAAAACCAGGGUGAAAAGCCCAACAUUCAUUAAAGUCAGACCUGAGAUGACAAACACUCAGACCACAGAGGAUGCAGCUUCACAUGCUAACAGUGCUGCUGCUGCUGCUUCAAAGCACUGGGAAAUGAUACUUGGCGAGGCUGAAAAUGUGUUUUGCACUGAAUAUGCAGCCUUUCAGUUACAAGAUGUUCUCGCUAACCAGCAGGACCCCCUGCUGUCUAAGUCUUAAGGACAUUUGUCACAGAAUAUAAUCCUCUGCAAUAGAUCUAUUUACUGUUGCCUCAGCUAAUUCUCCUUAUUUUGUUGGUUCAAAUGUAAUGUUUUUAAUAGAGGGGUUUCUUUAUUUCUGUUUGUUUCAGGUACAAUGACAUCAACAUAUUACAUGUAUUAUCAUGUCGUUGAAAUGUUUGAUAAUCUCAUAAUAUAAAUCAAACAUAACAUAAAUCUGUGAUUCUAAGGCAAAUACUGCCCACAGUCUCAUCCUUCCUUGCUGAAGUAGCCUGUGGUUACAUCAGUCUGUCAAUUCACAUCACUUCAGUUGCUUUGAGUGUUUGCUUUCUCGCACCAGAUGGACAUGUUGUUUCAGCUGCAUACAGCCAGUCCCCUUAUAAUCUUGUUUUCCCCCCAUGACCCGACAUGACAGGGUAUGCUAUAUCUGAAAAAGGAAGUGUGGAACUGUUGUUCCUCAGCAGAUGAUUGCUCAUCAUUGACAAGCAGAUGACGGAGCUGAAAGCAUGAACGCUGUGACUUCUCAGAAAUAAAAAUCUACAUGUCUCUGAGCAUCCGCUUUUACACUUGCCAAGCAUUUGCACACACUUAAAGGUGGGGUAGGCAGGAUCUGAGGAAGUGCCAGUUUUUGGGAGAAAUCUUGAAUGUAAACUCUACCCCUCACAACCAGUUUUCCCCUCAGCUCCUCCUCUCCCCUUCCUCUCUGCUCCAGCAAGCCCCGCCCACAAACAGACGCUCCUGCUCGCUCGUAUCGUUUCAAUUAAAUUCAGAUAUAAUGCAGAUUAAUACUUCAGAUCAUUACAAAUGGGGCCCAGUCAACGUGAAAGUAAAAAGCAUUGUUGCUACUGUAGAUGCCAACAGACUACCAGCAAACACAAUAUUUGCAGGACUUCUACAACUAGGAUAAAGUGACAUAGUCCAGGACCCGAGGUAAACAGUUUAGCAGCGCUACAACAUGCAGCAGGUCCCGUUUGACAAGAAACACUUCUGUUACAGACACUUGGCUUACUAUGUUAAAGCGGUUUACCUGUCCAGCAGAAAGGUUACAGGGUCUGUAAGAUCCCGAAGUGUCCCGUAUUGUUUUAUGUUGACCUGGCUUUUUAGCUCUUGUCUGAGUGGUCUACCUCCUUUUUAAGUGCCCGUUAUUCCACCAGAGUCUCCGGUAUUUACUUUGUUUUCUUGCUUUUGUUGGCAGUCAUGGCCAAAUGAGGAUUCAGACAAUUUUCCAUACUUUCUGGUUGGUUUCUACUGUCUGAUAUUGCAGCGCGCUAACUUUGUUUGGGUUAGUGAACGACACGGGGGAGCAGCGUCUGCCUGCCAACCAAUCAGGUUGGGGGAGGUGGAGAAUGGCCAUGUUUACAGUCAGAAAGAGCGGGCCGCUCAAAAAAUUUAAAAUGUUGACUACACAGAGGUAACAGACCACAGUGAUAUCAUAUAUCACCAAAUGUCAUCAAUAACUAAUAGCUGUUGACUGAUAUUUAAAGCUUUUUUUAAAAGCUUCUUUAACGGAACCCUUUCUACCCCACCUUCAACAUUCAGUUUUCUUUCCGUGUUCACUGGCCUUCCUUUUUUCCAUCCCAUGAAACAAGACUUAUUCCUUAUUACUUAAGUCAUUUACACUUAAAUAUGUAAGCGGUCAUUGACUAGCAAAGUUAGGACAUGGAAGCAUCAAGCCACAGAGCUCAGUGAAAGGCAAGUAUGCAAGGACAAGCUGCAAGAGCGAAAAGUACAGAGGAGACUCAGAAGGUACUAUAGUUAUAGAUAUAGAUUUCUAAAGCACACUGCCAGCUGCUGAAAUACAAACCCUGCUUGUUAGUCAGAGAUAGAUGAUGGGAAUGUGGAGAAGAGAGACAAGAGAAUGACUGUAAGAAUAGAGAGGAAAGGAAGAGAAAAAAAGAAAAGAAUAAUUAAACAUUGAGAUGUGGAGGGAAAGAGGAUUACAGUACAUUGAGACAAAGUGGGUGAACAGUAGCGUCUGUCUUAGCCAAGGCUUUUGAGUCUGCAGGUGGCUGCACUCACACAGGUAUAAAAUUUCUCUCGUAGAACCUGAAAGUGUAAAAUACAACACACACACACACACACACACACACACACGCACACGCACACGCACACACAUCCACGGCUAAAGCACUUGUUAUCAGGGAGUGUAAUCACAGACUUGACAUCUUUUCUGCAUGUUAAAGCAGCUAAGCCCUUUGUGCACGCCUGCACUUUCUCACACACUGAUACACACACAUGCACACACACCCACAGUACUCCCCCACCGUCUCCAGCAACGGUAAUUGCUGACGAGCGGAGCGCUCACCGUAUGAGGAGAUUUUGAUCGGUGCGGAGCAGAAAGAUGGGUUGUGCGGGGGGUGCGCCUCGCACAAAUCCUGUAGGUUCAAAGGACAAAUGUGUAGGAGUGGAACACGUCUCCCAUCAAAGGGGAGUCGUGAUGUAAUGAGACAGCUGGAAGAGACUUAUUAUACGAGGAAAAGUAAUGUUUGCCAGAUGCUUCAUCUCACGUAGUGGAAUGAUAAGAAAUGUGUAAAAAAUCAUUGUUUGAGUCAAAGGUUGAUUGAUUUGUAGAUAAAGAUCGAUUUGAAUUAAAAUUGAAUUAAAUUUACAUUUCUUAUUCUCUGAAGUUGUUUGAGUCAGUCUCAGACAUUGAUCUGAUGUCUCUGAAUUUAGUUUAAGAAGCAGUUUAUCUGGGAGUUAAACUUUCUGACUAUAUGAAACCUUGUAUGUUUGUAGGAAUAGUGCAUUUUUGCAGAAAUUGUAAUAUUUUUACCACAUGUAUCUUUUGCCUAGUUGUGUGUUUCUGGUAAGGGUAUUUUAUAUUGUAUUUCUCCAUUUUAGAAAAUAUAUUUGUUACUUAGUGAAUCUGAAUGGUGUGUUUCUUUGUGAGUAAUAGCUUAGUGCAUCCAUAAAUAUUCCCAAGAUUGUUCCUGGAGGGUUUUGUUAGGAAAAAAAAUGUUUGAAUUUGAAAAUUCAAGGAUUUCAAGGAAAACUCAGUCAAUACCAAAAAAAAAAAAGUCCAAUGCCAAGAGGAGCCAAGUAAAACUGUGCAGGUGGUCCUGAUUAAAAAAAACUUCACCUGGCAUGUUCCUGUGGAUUAGAAAUCCUAGUCUGAUCAGAGCUCAGUCCAACCAAUCUGUUCCUGUCUAUAAUGGGAAAGAUUUUUCCAGGGAAGAGAAAGUGUGUUUCAAUUAAUUAGUAGAGACAUUAGAUUCCCAGUUUAAGAAGUAUAACUUUACAGAACUUCACUAUUUUAAUUGAGCCAAACCGAGUGAGCAAGGAAGAGGGAGUGAGCAAAUGAGAAUGUAAAAACUGCCUGUAGUUACUGUUUACAAUCUUGGCUUUUUCUUUCUUUGUCUUAUUUCCUCCCUCCCACAAUUCCUUGUAUUCACCUCACAUCCCUGUUUCCACAUCUCACCCCGUUCUCCUUCCUUUUUUUACCUUUUCUUUAUCCGUCUCUGUGUGACAGUCUGUGGUGAGAAAGCAAGCUGAUGAUCAAGUGUUAAUUCACUUAACCUCCCCCAGCUAUGUAACAAGAACAUUUAAUGAGCAAACACCAAGACUAACCAAUUCAUGCCUCUGGAUUUUUUUCUGUAAUGUCCACGCUUGUGUGUGAGCUCAUGCGUGUUUUUGUAGGUGCGUGCGAGUGUGUACGCUAGGCACAGGUGUUCAUGUGAUAAAUCCUGUGCGGGUAUUUGAGAGACUUCACUGCCCUCCCUAAUAAAGGUUCUGCGCAGUAGGCGGGGACACUAAACAAGCCAGUCUUUUAACAUGUUUGUGAAAAUGUGUACCAGCUGGAAGUGACUGAAAGUAAAGCUUGAAAGUCUUGUACAAAUAGCAGGGUUUUGUGAGUGCAGCUUCCUGCCAGUAGUGCAGAGGUGACUGCUAUGUUUUCCCCUCAGGGCUUUCUGUAGUACAAGUCCUGAUUUACUCACUUCUAAAAUCUUCAGUGUAGCUGCAAGCCAGUGUGAUCACCUCACCGCCAUUUUCUGUUCUGUGUUCAUGCUCUGUGCACAAAUAACGGUCUUCGGUAACACUUUAUUUGACGCCUAUCUCUAUAACACAUUAUAAAUAUAUGUAUAAUGUGUUAUAAUCAUGUAAUAGCACUGUAUAACUAUAGUUAUAAACACUCAUAAAUGAUCAUAAUGCUUUAUAGCAAUAAUCAUAACACAUUUUAAAGCAUUUUAUCAUGACUAACAACGUCAGGUAUUAUAAUGUGUUAUCACUGUUAACAACUCACUAACAAUACCCACAUAGAUAAUGCAAUGCAACUGUUGUUAACAGUUAUAACACAUAAUAAUACUUGACCUUGUAAGUCAUGAUAAAAUGCUUUAUAAUGUGUUAUGAUUAUUGCUAUAAAGCAUUAUGAUCAUCUAUGAGUGUUUAUAACUAUAGUUAUACAGUGCUAUAACAUGAUUAUAACGCAUUAUCCAUAUAUUUAUAAUGCGUUAUAGAGAUAGGCGUCAAAUAAAGUGUUACCCAGUCUUCAGAUCAUUGAAAAUGAACAGUAUUUUGAUGAAAUACUUCAUCAAUAAUGACAUGCUAGUUGAUUAUUCUUCAGUUUCCACCCCAGUAUAAAUAGAUCCAUGCUGAUGUUUGGGUAAUAAGUUUUUAUUAGGGAUGUUAGUCAUAAGAAAUUCAGCUUUUUUUCUCUUGCAUGAUGGCACCAAAAUGAUCAGUCAAUUGAAUCAAUCAUUAUUUCUUCAUUAUUGGAGGCCUGUAAUGUAAGUUCUAUGCGGUGUCCAAGCUGGAGCACAGCCGCCCACUGCUAUCCAGUUAAUGGCUACUCCCAUAACGGUAUAAUGCACUACCACCUGGUUGUUAACAAGCACAAAUGACAGGUUGUUUGUAGCAGCAUGACAGUGUUUGGCAAUAUUUAGAGCUCGAAACAGGGGAUCAAGUUUUAGGUAAGCCGUCUGUGCAAAGUGACAGCCCCCAACAGGGUUUAUUACUUGGACACAAGAUGAAUUUGCAAACCUUACUUAGAUGACAAAGGAAGCUGUCCAUGAAUUAGCGCUUAUUUUCUCCUCUCAGUCUUUCCCUCUAAUUAAAAAGCCAAAUCAGGAGUUUGACUGCACAAACUGUGUCUGCCAGUGACAUUCUCCAACAUAAUCCUUGUUUUAGCCCUCUCUCCUCAUCUCUCUCUCUCUCUCGUUCCCCAACUCCAAGCGGAAAGCCACACCUAAUUCUUCCCUCUCCAAACACAUAGAUUUAUUCAAAUGUAGCAUUUGCAUAAUUCCGCAUUUACAUAAUUGAUUUCCAAGCAAGCGUUUCUCACCAUGUGAGGUGGUGUUGGAGACUAAAAGGUCUCACCCUGUCACAUCUCUGUCACUUUUUCAGUUUCACUCCCACACAGAUAUCGAGACACACACACUUACUCACGUCUGCUGCCUUUUAGAUUCAGGCUCUAAAUCAAGCAUGAAGCAUUGCUUAACUACUGCAUCUGGUGACCCUCAUGAUACAACCAUGGCAAACAUGGUUUGGCAAAGCAGAUGCAAUCAAACGCAUUGAGAUCGAUGAAAUUAGUGAGUUCUUUAUAAAUGCCAUCGUUAAAGUCGGUGUUCUGGUCAAUUUUUUGCACCAUUUCACCCAUAAAGCGGUUCCCAGUGGGUGUAGGAAUUUACUGGUUGUUGUGAAGUGCAUUAAACGGCCGACUCACCCUCUCGCUGCAUCCAGUAUCAGUCUAUUGCAUUGCAUUACAUACAGUCUGAAAUUACUCCUUUGAAUAUGUGAAACCAAACCAUGUCGUCAGCUCUACUGUCAAGGUGAGUGUGAUGUUUUUUUUUUUUUAUUCAAGUAAAAGAUGGGUGAGUUUUUCUAUCCCCUGACACUAAAAUGCUUCAAAAGAAAACAUACUGUGGGGUCGGUUUAUUUCUUUUGAUAUUUAGAUGUUCAUCACUGUAUAGGAUACACUAUGAGGCCAGAAGUAAGGUUGCUGUUACCACACAAAAGGAAACACAAUCUUUCCAGAAACUUCUUAUUUGAGCAUGAAUGAAUGAAUCAGCACUUAAAAUGCAUCUUGUGGGAAUCAAUAAAAUAGUCUUUCAAUUAAAGCUUUGGUCAGCGCACAAUGUCCCAUAAUGCAGCAUAAUGCCAUUUGCAACCAAAAAUGACAUUUAUUUUGUCACCAACAUUUCCAUCUUUCCCACAGUCAAGACUAACAUUAGCACUCUUUAUUGUAGGUAUUAUAGUUAUUCACUAUGAUUAAUUUAAGAGCUGCUGUGGCUCAGUGGUAGAGUGGGUUGUCAUUCAGUCCUCAUGUUGAUGGAUGAUUCAGGGCUAUAGUCUACAUAUCAUUGUGUUGUUUGACAAUAUGCUGAACCCAUGUUGCUCUUAAAUGCAUAGCAACAAGUGUAUGAAUGUUUGUGAUUGUUGGAUCAGCACUAAUGGGCAGGUGAGCACCUUAUCCUGCUGCCUCUACAGUCACUAUGUUUAAGUGCCUAAAAGCAUAAAGGCCAUGAUUAGUGUCGAAGCACUUUUUUUUUUAUCAGAAAACUGCAUUGAUAAUCAUUGUUGGUUUAGGUGCAAUCAAGUUACCAUUUACCAUUUCCUUCCUUAUAAGCCUUGGCUUCUUAGCUAUCCUUUUCGUAUGUAUAUGUUUUGUCAAUCAUACGAAAUAAACAAUCAAUCAAUCAAUCAAAGGUCUUGUGCGUGUAUAUUAUCAGCCAUGAUUGUUUGACAGACGGGAAACGAGACAGAGAUUUUGCAAUAAAGGCACAACAAACUAUGAAGGUUCAUGAUUUUGUGUAGCCAUGGCAGUGCAAGAGAUUUUUGUCAAUCUGACCAACACUUCUGCAAAUGCAUUGAGAGUAGAAGAAGGAGCGUCUGAAAUACAAUAUAACUUGCUGGCUAAGAAAUAAGAAAAUGUCCUUUUUUUACUGAGUAGCCGUUCUUUACAUAUUUAUUGUUGGCAUUAUUUGGGAAAAUUUCUCCGCUGGGUUCAUUGUUAAAGGUUAAGGAAGUCUUCAACAGUCAUUUUUCAUGACAGCGUGGGAGGGGAAAAGUUGUUACUGCCAUGGCAACUCCACUCUAAUAUGUCCACAGAGAGUUAUUGACUUUUGAUAAAUCCUGGUAUAUGAUUUUCACAGACACCUCAAGCCAAUUAGUCUGUGGUCUUCGUUAUGUUUACUAAGGAAUCAUGAUUAACUUCAUGAAGAUUCUGCUAAAUUCAUGAGUUUUCGUGGUAAAAUGUGAGGAAAUAUACAUGCUGUACACCAUAAGGAAUAGCUGUGGUGACAUUUUUUCAAAGUGAGUUCAUUUGCGCAAGUCCCUUAAUGUUCAGACUGAGCCUCCUGACUGCUGGCCACAGGAGAGCUCUGAGUUUUCGCAAAAAAGCAAUGAGUGGAUGUACCUUUAAUGCCAUUGUCUGUUAUGGCCCAUGAACUGCACCAAACUGCUUAUGUGUGUGUUUGUCUGCAUCUGUAUCACAACAAAACCCUUCACCUCUCUUCUGGAGUCUGUCAUCUAUGGAAAUGGGACCUCCACACUCCUGCAAGCACUCUGUUGGGGUCCACACAUUCACACACACUCACACUCACUCACACACACACUCAGGCACACAUUCAGUUUAGGGCCUGCUGCCGAGGAGCAGGGAGGUUAAACAGAUGGCAUGGGCUGUAUCCGUUACACAGAUUACCCCGCACACAAGCGCGCGUUCUGCAGCAACUGGCUUUGUGAGUCCACCUCAUUUAACUGAAUGGAGUUUUUAUGAGGCGUGCUAACAUUAGAGCCACCCGGUGCUCUAAUCUAUCCUUUCCCUUCAUGCUGGACUGGGAGCACACCAGGAUACAGUGUCCUGCCCAGUUAUAGUAUGCAUUAUAAUAGCCGAACAUCAUUUGAUUUGCUGAUUUAAGUGCCAUAACAUACAGUCAAGUGGCAUAUGUUGUCGAUCUGUGAAAUCAUUUCUUAUUUUAUUCAAUGGUCAUUUGAUGUCUACAAAAUCAUUCCGUGCACUUGUUAAACUUAAGAGCUAAGUAAUUUUCCUCUUUAGCUUUUUGGUAUAAAGUAUGACAGCAAACACUUGGCUCUUACAUUCUCCGAAUUCUAGAUGGGAUUCCAGCAGAUCUGAUACGCCUCGUCUGCAAUAUGUAAUGCAUGGAGGCGUAAUGGUGGGGUGAAGAUGCUCUGCCUCUGAUCGUACUUCGGAGGAAACAGAAGUAGCGCGGGGUGUAACCGGUGGUGGUGUGUUGUGUUGAGGCUAGCAGGAUGGAACAUUGCGGUGUGUUUGUGCAUGCCUGAGUAUUUUUGUGUGUGGUACUUCUGUUGUGUGUUUACAAGCUGUACCUCUUACAACAUUGUGAUGGGAUCCGAGAACUCACUCCGGGGCACGAAUACUAAACUAUUUCAGCAUGUUGUCUGUAAACACAAAGACACAGUGAUAGUGAUGGUGGAAAUCUGUUCCAGCACCGUUGAAGGGUUUAAUGAAUAAGAGGCAACUGACUUCUCAGGCAGCUCACCUAAAAGGAUAUGUGGGAACACUCUGAAAUGAACUAGUCUGAUUUUUUUAGGCCUUCCAGAAAGGGAGUGCACAAACUUUGAAACAAAUGAACAAUUGUUGCCUUCUAUCCCUGGCCAACCCUUACCAAAAAUAAGUAUACCUCAAGUACAUUUUAUUAAGUAUACUUAAGUUAAUUUUAGUAUACUUCCCAAAGUAUACUUUGUACACUGAUACAAAAAUACUACUUACAGGUAAACUUCUUGGGACUACACUGGCCUAUUUUUAGUUAAUGAAAGUACACUCUGAAGCAUACUUAAAAAUGAACUUCUUGGUAUACUAUUUGUUUACUAGUAAUGAACUUUAGUCCCCUUUUCAGUUAAUAAAAGUACACUGAAGCAUACUCUUUCUUUCGAUGGGAGGUGGGGGGCAUUUUUGCCUUUAAUGGAUAAGACAGAGUGGAAAUGUAGGAGUUAGAGAGAGGGGGGAUGACAUGUAGCACAGGGUCAGGGCCAGACACAGAAGCAUACUUAAACUUACCUUUUUAGUAUGCUAUUAUUUCAAUUGUAGUACAUAUUUAUAUACUUAGCUUACACUGCUUAUCUUUUCAAGAGUAUACUUUUAAAAAGAUAAGCAGUAAAAGCCAAGUAUACUUAAACCUAAGGCACAAAUACAUACUUAAUUAUUGUUGUUUAAGUAUAGGUUAAAUAUUCCUGUAGUAUAAUUCUUAGUACAAGCCAAGAAUACUUAACAUUAACUUCAAGUAUAUGUCUGAAAAGUGCAUAAAAGUAAACUGAAAGCAUACUUAGUUCAAACACAGUAUACUUGAAGUACACUUUAACAUUAAUCAUUUUGGUAAGGGAAAAGAGCUCACACAUUGUUGAGAGCUCAUAUGUUGUUUAGCCAAAGUACAUGAGGUGAAAUUUUCUCUAUUUUGAAGUUUACUCGAAUGUGUUCCUUUUUUCACAUUCUGUAUUAUUUGUAAUAAAAAAAAACCUCUUUCCUUGUCUCUUCUUCCUAAAACUUGGGCACACUUGUUUAUACCCAAAAUGUCCAACAAUCACUUUCUGUGGAAGAAUCAAAGGCCGUCUCUCAUUUUGGAAAUGACUGUUUAUCUGGUCUGGUGUUUGAUUAUCUCCAGAAACUUAUUUUAAAUCCUGUCAAACUGUUGCAUACUGUCAUCAGUCAAAUAUUUCUAAUAUGUACUUAUUGUUCUUGAUCUCUCUUUCAUCAGCUAUAUGAUUACCCUGUUUCCUUCAUCACAUAUUACUGCUUACCUCUUAUUACCAGCUCAUUUCCUGUCUUAGUUCUUCUUUCCCCUUCCCCUCUAAUUUCCCUCUUCAGCUUGUCUUUUAUCAUUCUCUUCUUUGUCUCUAUUACUGCCUUGUGCAUUUUCUGUAUACCGUCUGCCGUCAUGCUAACCCCUGUUCCUUGUCUCCAUCCUAGCCAGCAGAUUUGGAUGCCUGGGUAAGCAACACGACUAAUGCUGUUCAUUUUUUCCUCGGUCCUCCUUUCUACCUCAUCUUUUCUCUUUCUCUUUUACUCUCUCUCUCCUCUAUUCAAAUGUCAUGUUUUCAUUGUGCGUUAAAGCGGGGCUGUGAGUGUGCCGCCGCCACCAUUCCACACAACAACACUUUGGGAGGUAUUCAGCUAGAAAAUUACACAUCAUCUGUGCUGCUAGCAGAGGUGAUUUUACACACAAACACACACUCCCACUCACACACAGCCCUUAAGCAUCAAACAGACGCCACAAGAAGAAAAGUGCAGUGAGCACAGUCUUGGGAUUUGCAGAUGUGGUCUUUUGGGAUGCGUGUGCCUGUUAAGUUAGGAUAGGAUUAGAUUGGAUCACAAUAGAUGUAAUGUAAUGUCUGUGUGUAAAAGUGUGUGAUAACUGUGUGUCUGUGUGUAUCCGCACACCCGUGUUCAGCUAACAGCAAAGAAGAUCAUACAGGGAUAAUGCAGAUGCUCCAUCUAAUCUAUAUCACACUCCCUAAUACACAGCUCAAAAUUACACUGUGGUAUUGCACUGUAUUUGUAUGUGUAUGUGUCUGGUUAUGUUCAUGAUACACACUCUGUAUUCCAGUGCAACACAAAUCCAUGCCCCAUCGCUGCCUUUUCUGAGCCAGCGUCAUUGUGUUCAUGCACCAUGUCAUGUUCAUAGGGCUUUACUUAUUAACCUCAUGGGUUAGAGACAAUAUGUACUCAUAAGUGCCUUAACAUUGUUUAAUAUUCAUUGUAAUAUGCAGACACACAUAUCGUAUGCAAACCUCUACAAACCAAAUGUGUGCAUACAGGAGAGAACUGAACCACCCUGUGUUCUCCAUGUGCACGCUGACUAUCCUUAAUGCAUCUUAGUCGUAAUAUGCGAUUCGGUUUGUACAGCUGUUGAGGUUCUUCUUUGAUCCACUGCAUACUCUCCGCAGCAUGACCAAACUUCUGACAGAUGCACUGUAAACACCGAGAUCUAGACUGUGCUGCAGGUUUUUAAAGUCUUUUGGUUCAGUUUAGUUCACUGUCAUGCAGAUCAGCUGGAGGUAGCACAAAUCAGUCAGUCUAACAGCAGUGAAUGUUUUUCAAAAGAUGUAACUGCUUUUUAUCUAAAGAGACCACAACAUACUUUAUUCCAACACACAUGACCCUGUGACCAUGCCACACAAUGUUUUGUCAUUAUUUCUUAUAUUUUCUGAGAAAAAAAUGUUUUGAUUAGUGAUCUACAAUGAGAUGCACAAUAAAUCAGAACUUAAGUUGAUGGCAUGCAAACAAGUCUUUACAGUGCAUGCUUAAGUUAUCAUCAUGAACAUCCUCUUUGGCACUUCCGCUCAUUAUUUAAUCUUUUGCAGCUCUGCAAAAGCUCCUCAUUAUACUAUUUUAGUUUUAGUUUUUGAUGUUGCUAUGGAUAAUAGGCAAUUUACUUUAUGAAAUUGUUCGAUAUACUGACACACUGUGAAGCCUUUUGCUGCUAAAUCAAGGUGGCUCUGUCCCAAAUCUCUUGUCAGAUUCUCUCGCAAAUCUCUCUUACAAGAAUUUUUCAUCUUAAACUCUCAGUGCAUGUGCAUUUUUUAACCUCCAGCAACUUGUGUUCACAGUGUUUCUUUUUGACGUCUGCUUCCUAUCUUUCUCUGCUUGCAUGCUGCUAUGACCAUGGCCCAAACUAUGGCUCUUCCUGCAGCCAAUCUGCCAUCUAACUGCUUGUCAAAGCUUGGCUCAGCGGGCUUUUAAAGCGAUCCCCCUCAUCCUAACGCCAGCAUCGCCAUAUCAGCCCCUGCAGCUGAUGCUCCAGCCACAUGCCUGCCCGUGAUUAGUGUUGUAAGUUAACUGUCGUAAAAUUGUUAGUCUUGUAUGUUUUAGCUUGUGCACAUUUCAUUUAUACAUAAAUCAUUGUAGAUUUGUGAUAUAUUUGUGAUGAAUAAAUAGUGUAGGGGAUGCAUUAGGUUGGGAAUAAUAACGUACAAAGUCUGCAAACUCCAAUCAUACAACACCAGAAGGAUUUAGUCAUUACUACUUAUUUUAAAAUAAAUCUGUUAAUCUGUUUUCAGGAGAAGAUAUAAAAAGGUUUUGUUUGCUGCUUACUAAAGAAACGCUAUGUCUAGCCCUCUCUGGUAUUUUUAGCUUGUUCUUGAUUAAAGUGCUGUUUGUGCUGGAAUUGGUAGUUGUAAGUGGAAUUGCCUGAGCUUAUAGAAAAGCACAUUUGCUUGCUUCCAUUGCAAUAUCAAAGAAGUGGAAAAGAAUUGCCGGGUCGUGAAAAUAUAGAGCAAGUACCACUUAGUACAACUGCAUAUGAACUAAAUUGCUGGUUUAUAAUUGUAGAGUGGUUAUACAAAUGUAACCAAGGUGACAUGUAAUGAUUUUUUUUUUUCAGGGAGGUUACGUGUGCAUCGCUUUUUAAAUGCAGGUUACUUUGUGUGACUUUUGAAGUCAACUUGAAGUUAACGUAAAGUCUCUUAAGCUGCAUUUCAAAUUAAUUUGAGCUUCUGUUUUUAACAUUGUUUUUUUUAUAUGUUCAGCUGUAAACGCAACAGGUCACCUCGCCUCUCUUUCUUUAAGUCUUUACUGUAUCUAUGUCUCCUGUCUAAUGUUUGCUUGUUCACAAGCAUUGGUAGUAAAGUGUUGCUUUAGCACGUAGAACAUGAUUUUAUCAUGUUUGCAACCACUCAAAUGGAAAUAUGUAUGUAUCCAUUCCAUGCCCCUGUGCCCGUAUUUUGAAUCUCUACAUGGUCAUUUUGUCUUCUUUUUUUUUACACUCUGUGUUUCUUAUUUUCAGGCUAAACAGUUGGAGAUCAAGGAGAAGGAGUUGGCCAGCAUUUCAAGCUUUUAUAAAGAACAACUAGCAGUACUGGAGAAAAAGGUAAGAAGCGUUUUCCCAUCUGAUAACAGAUUUCACCUCUAAAAAGAAGACGGAGGACCUGUCUGGUGCACCUUAAAAGUGCCUCUGUGAAAUGAAAUGAUGCUUUUUUUUCAUCACUAAAUCACCUUUAAUUUUGUAGGAGGUAACUGAGCAAGAAUGGGCCACUAAAAAUGUCGAGGUGUUUUACAUGAAAGCUUGCAGACUCUAUAAAAACAUUCUGUCAGCUAUCACUAAAAAGGGAGUCAUUACACAUCAGAGAUAUAAGGAAUGGUCUUACAAUGACCCGUUUCUUGCUCUCCUUGAAAAGCGACAUCUCUAUGGGACACAAGAUACUAAUUUUUAUCUUGAAAAUGUCAAGCCCACAUACCUGCGUCAUAUUGUAAAUACAAAUGAAUUGAAAGUUUCGGGCAAACAGAUGAGAGCCACAAAUCGCUGCUGAUAGAUGAGCACUUGAGAGCUUUCACCGCGAGAGAGAUCUUCAGCCAUCUAAUCAAAUGUGCCGUGCUUCUCACAUCAUUGUGUACCCUUUUUUCCGGCCACCUUGUAGUCCUUUCAGAAAACAGGCAGAAUGUAGCAGAUGGUUGGGUGCUUUUAAGAAAUUACGCCCUGUGUUCUCUCCACCCAAGCACUAAUGUGUGGUUGAUAUUUUGUACUCUAAAAGCAAAGGGCACAACGGGUUCUUGCUUAUGAAGCUAACUUGAGUAGAUUCAUCAAAAGACUGCUAUGGGUGAGGUCAGAUGAGAUGGACAGAGGUUAAAAGGGAGAAGUAGAGGUAUACAGAGUGGAAAAAGUACAGGGUGAAAGUGAAGGAGAUGAUGGGAAAUCAUUCACACAAAGAUUCAAAAAGGAUGAAAAGGGAUGUUCUAUGCAUUUUUUGUUGCAUAAGAGGGUGCUUUGUUGAAGAUAAAUGCAGGGUACUUGUGCCCUGAUCAAAACAAUAAUGAUUCAGUGAGGACACUUGUUCAGAGGCUUUUACCCCUAAGAUCCGGAAGCGUCCUUCAUCAUUGUUGACCCAGCUUCUUGGCUCCCGUCCGGUCUACCUCCUUUUUAAGCGCCCGUUAUUCCGCCAGUCUCUAGUAUUCACUUCGUUUUCUUGCUAGUAUUGGUAGUCGUGGCCAAAGGUGGAUUCAGACAAUUUUUCAUACCUUCUGGUUGGUUUCUAUUGUCCGAUGUUGUAGCAUGCCAACUUAGUUUGGGCUCGUGCACGUUAUUGGAGGACUAGACUGUGUUUCAAAACACGGGAGAGCAGCGUCUGCCUCACAACCAAUCAGGUCGAGGAGGUGGAGAAUGGCUUUGUUAGCAGUCAAAAAGAGCGGCCACUCGAAAAAUUUAAAAUGCUGACUGCUCAGACAUAACAGAUAUAGUUAUAUUGCCAAAAUGUCAUCGAUAACUAAUUGCUAUUGACUGAUAUUAAAAGCUUUUUUUGUAUAUACACCACAAAAUAGAUGCUUCUAUAACGAAAUCCUGCCUACCCCACCCUUUAAAGAGAUAUUAAAAUGGGGGCCAAGAGAGCAGUGCUGAUGCAGGAAGCCUGUUUGGGUUAGAAUUCACCCUCACUGAGUCGGGCUAUGCUGUCUACUUUCCUUUGUCCCUCCUCGUUUAAGAGGAGAAGACAGAAAAGGCAGUCGGGUGAGGAGGCUGUUUGGGCGAGAGUCCACCAUGAUUGACAUGAAGAACAAACGCAUUAAAGCAAUGAAAGGUGAAAAGGUAGACACAUGAACAUUUGAACAUCCUCACUCUCUUUCGCUUUGAUCUUUUUGUGUCUCUACCAUCACACACAGGACUCCUAAUCCUAUAGCAUCCAGUAGACACACUUUGGAAGUCAACCUCCCCUUCCGCCCCUCAAUUUGGCUCCACCUAUCAGGCAGAGGAGGGGACUUUAUCUAGUCUUUGGCACUUGCCUCCUUUAAGCCUCUGAGAAACCCUUUUACAUAGCAUAGUUAUACGGAGGGAACCGCUGCACAACGCACUCCACAACGCUCGAUGAAAGAAACUGAUUGGCAGAAGAGUUGAGGAUGCUCUAUCUUUCUCCACUUGCUGCAGCAGUCGCCUUUUCAAUCGCCUUUUUUCACCCCUCACUUGCUCACCGCUGGCCUGAAUGUGGAUGAGGGAGUGAGAAAAAGGGGGGACUGAGAGUAAGAGAUAAAGAGGCUAUAUGGACUGUGCAUUAAACAGCAAGUCUAUCCUGAGCCGGAGUCCAUCGCCCUCCUUCUCUCCCUUCAUUUUCCAAUCUAGCAUGCCAUUCAUUCAGGCUGUCUUUCAUGCCUCCUUUCCUUUUACCUGCCUAUUUUUCAUCCUUUACCUCUCUCCUACCUGUGGCUAAUGCUCUUUGGGUGAAAUAAAUUGCUCCUUAAAAUGUUAAAUUGUGACUGACUUAGGUCAUAUACAUAAAUGCAAAAUCCAACUUGAAGUGGUAAUACGUUUCACUUUUCACAUAUAUUAUGAUCUAUUCGCCCGUCAUCUUCACGUUGCAUUCAGACAUCCUCUACUUUCAGUCUCGGGUUUAUCUAACGCCCAGAUUUAAGGCCCCACUCUGAUCUGUUUUUUUUAACUACUUAAAAUAAUAAUAAUAAAAAUAAUAAUAAUAAUACAUUUUAUUUAUAAGCGCCUUCCUGGACACUCAAGGACACUUUACAAAGUGAAAACAAACAGGAUAAAAGCAAUAGAGAAAACGACACAAAAUAGGGGGGAAAAGUGUAUAUAUAUAUAUGUAUGUAAAAAUAAAACAAACAAAAACAUGACAAGGUAAAUCAUAAGGAGUAUGCUAAUCUGAACAGGUGGGUUUUGAGUCUGGAUUUGAAGAGAGAGAGAGAGAGAGUUGAUAUUUAAGAUGUCAGGUGGGAGUGAGUUCCAGAGAGCGGCUGAAAGCUCUGCUCCCCAUGGUUAUAGUGACUUUUAGUGUUCUCAGUGGUCUUUCAAUUGUAAUCAUUAAGUUUUUAGCCAAAAUCGUGUUACCUGUGUCGUUUUCAAGGACUUUUCUUCUGCAGAGCUCCAGCAGAUCAUUAGCAAUUUGUUUCUGAGUCGUGAGCGGAGACAGCGCUGCUCUGCACACUGCUCAUUGAGUUCACUACUGUCUUUGAGGACAUGAGAAAAGUUAAUAUCAUAAUUAGCUUUCUGAGGAGCAUUGCGAUGCGCGAAUGCAUGCGCUUGCUCAGUGAUCGUCUUCUCUAUUUAUCCAAGUGUGGCCUGCAUAACGGGCUCCUGGGGUGGAGCUUGAAUUUGCCAUGUAAGAAAUCUCACUGUUUCUGCACCUGCCGUCUGGGUCUGCCAGAGAUUCACAGCGAUUUGAAUGCAGAAAUACUCAGAUUUCAGAUUGCAAUUUCGCAUCUAUUUUUCUUACAAUAUGUACUCGAAUAAAAAUGCCAAAUGAACAUUUAGACAACAAGAAAAACUCAACUUAACUUUAUUUGUAAAACAGUUAUAAACAACCACAGGUGAACAAAGUGCUGUAUAAAUAGACAAAACAACGCAGACAUUAAAAAAAAAAAACAAUCAAAAAAACAAAACACUUGAUAAAAUAAAAGCAGAUAUUAAAAAGUAAAAUAUAGUUUCAGUGUUUUUAAAAACUAAUUUAAAAACAAUAGAAACAAAUAACUCAAAACAAACCACAAAACACUUAAACAGGAGCUGAGUCUCAUGCAGGGUUGAAAGCCAAUGAAUAAAAAUGGGUUUUAAGACAAGUUUUAAAAAUGGACAGUGUGGGGGCUUGUCUGAUUUGGAGGGGAAGCUCGUUCCAUAAUUUUGGGGCCGUAACAGAAAAAGAUCUAUCCCCUCUGAGCUUCAGUUUGGACCUCGGUACCUCCAGGAGCAGCUGAUCAGCUGACCUGAGGCACCGAGCAGGGGUGUAGGGGUGGAGAAGCUCAGAGGGGUAAGAUGGAGCCAGACCAUUUAAAGAUUUAAAAACAAAUAAAAGAAUCUUAAAUGAACUCUAAAAUGCACAGGUAACCAGUGGAGGGAGGAAAACAUGAUUUUCAUCAGAGUGGGUCUCUGAGAUGAUAAAUGAUUUUAAAUUUACCUCAUCUCUUUACAAUGUAUACUUGUUUUAUAGAAAAAUUACAACUGUACGAGCUCACACUCAUGUGCUCGCAAUUAGACUGUUUGGACGUGGUAAUGGUCCGAGUCACAGAUUUAAGCCCAAGGAAAUAGCGGCUAGAUUAACAAGAGGAUCUGCUCGUAAUUGAUGUGUGAUCUUUCUCUAAAUCAACAUUUUACUGUGGCUUAGCUGCCCCAUAAUAACAGGCUGGUAACUGUGUGUAUGAACGUGUGUGUGUGUGUGUGUGUGUGUGUGUGUGUGUGUGUGUGUGUGUGUGUGUGUGUGUGUGUGUGUGUGUGUGUGUGUGUGUGUGUGUGUUGGUGAGGUUGAUUACCUGUAUAAAACACACACACACACAACAUUCUGUUGUCCAGUUUGCCUAAGGGAUGAACAACGAUAACAGACUGCUGUGUUUGUCGAAAGGCUGUUGAUGCUGUUGAGCCCACUUCUGUCACAAAUGAGAAAACAGCCUGUGCUUUUCUGUUUGUAUGUGAGUGUGUUGUUGUGACAGGUUUGUGUGUAUGCUGUCACUUCAGAAGUAAUUGUGAUAGAAUAGCCAAUCCACCACACAACUUUGCAUUUCUCCACUCCUGAAAACACCACAACUACUCCCCCCCCCCAAAUACCACUACCUCCUCUCCCUCCGAGUCUCUCUCUCUCUCUCUCAUUCAUUUGUGGAAGCCUCCGUAAUCUUUUCCCAGAGUACAGGUAGAGAGUAUAUCUGUCCCCCCGUGGCAACAUACCCUGUGACUUUGUAAACAAGUCUCGGUUUAAAUUCACUCCUUUUAAUCCCCUCCUCCCCCUUGAAGAAAUUAAUCCCCCUUCGUCCAAGUAAGGAGCGUGAAACAACCCUCACCUUCCCCACACUCCCCACCCCUCGAAAUCCUGACAUCAGCCCAUCUCAAUCCUCAGCUGCUGGAGGGUGUUCAGACGAUGCAUGCAAGGAUCAUCCAACACAAGCAUUCACGUACAAACACAGAUUUAGUCACACACCUGCAUGUAUGCAAGCUUACACACACACACACACACAUACAGAUCCACACUAAUCCCCUCCCCACGAGUCUUUCCAACACCCCAAAACCUUGCUUCCCCCCGACUGAGGGUUAUCAUCUCCCCCCUUUUCUGUCUCUCCACAUUGGGCUUUUGUCCCCACGGGUGCAAAUGACUGGGAAGAGCUCAGAGAGUGUGUGCCAGUGAUAGUGCAGCCACUUCUCUGGUGUCACAAGAGCCGAGCUGGAGCUGCUGCUCUGGGUCUGCUCUGUCAAUGUACACAAAAAAACAUGUUGAUAUACACAAAAACAACACACAGCCUCGGGGUCCCCCGUUAUUAUGACUGGAUAAGCUUUGCACUGCAAGUUCAGACAUCACCUUUACACACACAUGCUUAUACCCUUAUUUUGGUUUUUGUUUGUUAUAUCCGGGGCCUGAAAUUUGUCCCACCUGCCGCUUUGACAGGUCACCAAAGGUCUCUAUUGGCUUUCAACAGCUCUUAUAAAUUUUGUAUUAGUUCUGGUCUUUAGGAUGAAAAUGCCCAUUAGUUAAAGUCACAUUUGAGUGACUUAGUAGUUUUAGUCUAGAUUGAGUCAAUACAAGGUCAUAACAUUUUGGUCAUUUCUUUUCGUCAAAAGUUUUUUUUUUAUUUCAAAUAUUCAAGAAGCUGAUCAGACACAUCUAUGAUGGUUAUACCAAGUGCUAAAAUCUGUAAUGUAACAUUUGGUUUCUCAACACCUUUAUUUGUGUCAUAUCUGGAUAUCUUGCCAUAGUUGCAUAAUUUAGCCUUGACUCUCCCACCCUGCAAUAUUGCUGCUCUGUGCUUUCUAAGCUACUAAGGUAUAUCAUAUCAAGAAAUGAUCCUCACUCCAAUUCAAGAAAUAAAACAUUCUUUCUGUGGCAACUAUGGAUAUCUUUAUUUCACUAAACCAGUCUGCCAUUGCUGUAGCAGCUACUCUUUCUUUGCCUCCAUAGAAUACAAGCUGGAGAAAGGUGGGAAAGACCACCGGGGAAAAGAUUAGCCAUCUCUUAGGAUCGCUGUUGUUAAAUCUUUUCCAUUUUCAGGUGUGAGACUUUGUAUCUACCACUGUCUAACCCUUUCAAACCUUUGAUUAGCGUCUUGGUCUGAUAAACCGCUCACCACUCAGAAGUUCUCCUCACCAAUCUGCUUGUGCUGCCUCGCUAACUCCAGUCCUACUCUGUCUUUCAUGGAUAAUCUGAGACACCCAUGAGUUCAAGUCCUUCGUGGGCCUUUAAUCUUUGCUCGAACACUAGAUAUCCCAUCAGGCUACUACAGACUUUGAAGUUUCAGAUCAUCUUCCCUCUGUUUAGCUAACCCACUGAGCCUUUGACUUUAGGCUAAAGGCUAAUUUGCUAACAUGGGGCUCACUUCUUAACACAUACUGUAUUUCUAGGGAGUCAGCCAAAGUAUUAGCUACUUCUCCUCCGUCAGGAAGUUAGACUUCAGUGCAAUGUCAAUGAAUCCAGAGCGUUUGGCUUUUAGCACUUUCAAAUUAAGGCUGAAAGCUUUGCUGAUUGAUAAACCAUCUAACCAAGUGGUCUUUUAUGCCAAGGGUACAUAAUGCUGUGAUGAAGUAUGCUCGACUUGUUUCAGAGCUGAGGUUUUUACCUCCCUGUCAGAGCUUGGCAUUUUAUUCUAGUCCACACAUUAACAAUGGGGGGACUCAGCUGCAACAGGAGCCUAAUCCUGAAACCUGCCCUUGAAAAUCGAACAUAAUACAGCCAGGAAACAAAACUGGCAGGGAUAAAGUCCUGUACUGAUGAAUGUUUGGCAUUUUUUACAUUGUGAAUCAUAGCUCAAACAGACGGAAAGCUCAUGCACCAAACGAAAGGUAAACUGUGCUCGGACACAGUUGUUUGACUGUAUCUUGUUUGUCACUUGAUUCAAGAAUUUGCUUGCAUAUAUUUUAAAGUACUGAAGGUAAUGUGGAUAGUUUUCUUUUUCUCCUGUUUGAAAAGGAAUAUAACCAAACUAAACAUCAGAAGCAGAGUGAGGAGGAGAUCAACAAAUUGUAGAGGUUGAUGUGAGUCCACCUGCAGGAAUAAUUGCUCUUAAACUGCUACAGUUCUUCAAUGUUUAGCACCAAUUUUGAUGACGAUGUUGACACAGCUUUUUAGCUCUUGUCUGGUCUACCUCCUUUUUAAGCGCCCGUUAUUCUGCCAGUUUCUCUGGUAUUUACUUUGUUUUCUUGCUUGUGUUGGCAUUUUUCCGUACUUUCUGGUUCGUUUUACUGUCCGAUGUUGUAGCACGCUAACACUGUUUGGGCUCGUGAACGACUCGGGGGAGCAGCGUCUGCCUCACAACCAAUCAGCACUAAGGAGCAGCGUCCGCCUCACAACCAGUCAGGUCGGGGAGGUGGAGAACGGCUUUGUUUACUGUCAGAAAGAGCGGCCAGCUCAAAAAUUUUAAAAUGUUGACUACACAGACAUAAGAGUACGCAGCGACAUCAUGAUAUUCCCAAAUGUCAUCAAUAACUAGUAGCUGUUGACUGAUAUUAAAAGCUUUUUUGUAUUUCCACCACAAAAAAAGGUGCCUCUUUAACGGAUUCCUGCCUACCCCACCUUUAAGAUGGACUGAUACUUGAAUAACACUUAUUAGGUUAUGGCAAAGUACACUUAACUCCUUUUUCAUAUGCUUAUGAAAAUGGCUUCUCUUUAAGAGCAAGAAAGAUAAAAGAUUAGGGACAGAUUAUUACAUUGUAGCAAAUAGAAGCUGAUAGGAUUAGGGGAAAAAGAUGCCCACGACAGAACUUGAGUCUUUUCCAACGCCAGACAUUCAGAUCAGGAGAAGCAUGUCUGAGGAUCAGUGUGAAAUAAUGCGAUAUGAAAAUGACUUGGGGGCACUGUAGGAGUAGAGGGCUAGGGACUGUGGAGGAGGUUUGUGUUUGAUCCCAUCUCUUUCCUCGCUCAGUCACUUCAAUUAUCUUCCUCUCCUAUCACCUCAUCUAUUGGGAAUAUAGGGAAUAAUUAAGUAAAUGUGUGAGCACUCUAGUUAUUGGUUUAAAACGGUGAUUACUGCGCAGCGGAUGUGUUUGAGAAGGUGGCGAGAGAGAUUUGCUUUGUGUUUUGGGCAUUCUAGACAAACUGUAUUUCAUGUGAUAUGAGGCGCAGCCUGUAGGGUGAUUUUUCAUCUUAUAAUUUUGUCAAUUUAGAUAUUUUCUCAGUAUUAUUUCUGGGAAGUCCACACACACCCACACACACACACACACACACACACACACACACACACACACACACCACUGACACACCAAGACACAGUCACUACAACCACUUUUUUCUCUAGCCCUUUUUUCCGUCCUUAUCAGUUAUCACCUAAUAGGCAGCUCUGACCCGAUGCAGAGAAGUUAACACUGACCACUGAUUACGAGGUGUUGUAUUUAACCUUGUACAGCUCCAUCUGUAGUGUAAUUGCCAUUUAAAUGCCACUUUUUCUUGCAUGAAAUGAAAAAGUGUAGGGCAUCAACAGGCUAUCAGCAUUCAGAUUUGUAAGCAGCACCGCAAAAUUUAAAGGUCACUAAUUUAACGAAUGUGACAUUUCCAAUAGUGCCUCGUGCCUUUUUCUUAUUUUUAUUUGCUUAUUUUAGCCAGAACUGAGGACUACGUUGAUGAAUUCAAAUUAUGGUGGACCAUGUAAGCUGUGAAGCUGUGUCUUUUAGAUUGAUGUUAUAAGAAAAAUCGAAAACAGUUCAAGCCUGGGAACAUGUUUUCUGUGUUUCUAAAAGCAGCACAUUUCUAAGCAUUCUACCGUAAAAGAGAAAAAGACAAGAGCCUAAUAUAAGGUAGGGAUGAUGGGGACAUUGGCCCUCAUUUAUCAGUCAUGCAUAAAACUGAGCGCAGAAAAUUCGCCAGUGCAACAUUGUGCAAAACUGUACUGGCCCAAAUGAUGUCCCACACCCUUUUAGGUGAGUACAACAACAUCCUCGUUGCUGGGCCAAGACAGAGCGACCUGCCCUUAGGAGUCAAACGCAGCGCUCCACAGUGGCGAGCGUGUGUGUGUGUGCGCGCAAUGUUAAAAUGGCACUCCUGCUCUGUGGCAGUGUUUCUGGGCAGAGUUAUCAAAUAGGCCUAUUCACUAAGAACAUAACAAAUUUAUUUUAUUUUAUUUUAUCUACAUCUCAGUCUUUAAUGAAAUCUGGCUGAUUGUGCUUAAUGACAGGUUUGAGGUUUGUUAAUCAAUUAUCUUGAGACAAACAUUUGCGGCACCGCAGAUCCACACUGACUUAAACUUGCGUACACGAUGUCAGACCUGUUGUGAGAUUUGGUCGUAGCGUAUGCUCACGUGCAGAUUGAUAAAUGCCGAUCCUCAUGUCACAACUUUUCUGCCGUAUGCAAGCUUGAUAAAUGAGGGCCAUCAUCCUUACUAAUAUUCAACUGAAACUCAGUUGUCCCUAUCAUAAGUUUUGUCUGGAAUGUUCUGUUUUGAUUUAUGUCUAUACCUCUAUCAGCAGAUUUUCUCCUUCUCUUCUGGAAACUGAAGUCUUUGUUACAGUAUGUUGGACUGUUAAUAAAAAAAACGGACAUGCUGAUGUAUUAUGAAAAUAGAGAUAAUUAGUGAAUAUGAACUCAUUAUUGUUGCGAAUGUCUGUCACGGAGGCAGAGAGAGAUAAGCUUCAAAGGAUAUACAGUUAAGAUUCAUGUGCUCAUGUAGAAAACUCAGUGGUACAGACUCACAUGCUGAGUGUGAAUGAAUUCACAGACAAAAAACUGCAAACAGUGAGUGGCAUUUGGCAUGACAAAGUGUAUGUAAAUAUUGUGUAAUCACCUGCAUAUGAUAGAUAUUUUUUUGCUCUUGUUUUUUUACAUUAAGUGCCUCAAGAUUUUGUAAAUUGUGUGACUGUAAACAGUGAACUAUGUUUGAAUUUGCGCUUGCAAUAUAGUAAUUGGGUAUUUGACUGCUUGCUUGGUUAUUAAAGGAACAUGCAGGCAUGAUUGCUAGUUCUGAAAAUGACUAUUCCUCAAUUAAGAUCACAAAAACCAAGUUUAUAAACUUUGAUAAAUAGAAAGUCUGAAAUUAUCUUUGGCAAUUUUUAAGUGCACACAUAUCCAUGUAUGAUCAGCUUAUGGUCUGAUUGCCCAGGAGGCAUGUAAGAACCAUAGACUGUAUAUAGAAUGGACGCCGUCUGCCUUCUUGCUGGCUGAAGCCACCCCGAGAACAGCAGACCCUGGUGACGGGCAGUAUAGGUCAUAAAUCCCCCCUCAGCCAUUCUUAUGGAGUUGUAGACAAACUCUAGAAAUUUAUUACCCAGAGUAUAAAUUUUUCUCCCCCUUGGUUGCGGUGUUGACAUGUAGUUACUGUAAGACUGGUUUGUGCUCAAGUCCUCGUUUUUCUGUACAGCUCCAUUUUUCAAAAGUUAUUAAGGGAGUUCAUGUUUUCUAUGAUUGACACUUAAUACAGCCUAUGGGCGUACAAGGAUUGCGUAGUUUACCCGAAAUAUGCUGUUUGAGCCGAGCGUCAUCACAGUGACUCUUGGCAACUCUCCCACCAAAUGCGUACAACGUUACUGCGCAAUAUUGGUUUCAGGAAUCGAGAAAAAACAUCGAAUUACUGAGAGCUUUUCGGCUUCAAAUCCAUAUACUGGCCCUUUACAUGCAGACAUUUGUUUUACUUUUAUUUAUAUAUAUAUAUAUAUAUAUAUAUAUAUAUACUUUUACUGUUUUACUUAUAUAUUGUAUUGCCAUACAAUGUGGCAAAUUUAACUUUGCAGUCAGCACUUCUUUCUGUUCAACCCUUAAACUGAAUCCAAAGUAUUCUUAUUCCCACAUUGCGCCUUUUUUGUUUUUUGUUUUUUCACCACAAGCUCUGCAUCUACUUGUUUGUCAUGCACCUGCUCAAUGGCAUCCAUGUUGGACAUUUUGUUGGUGUAAGCAUGAAUACCCACACGCCCAGUGUCAGAAAGUUUGUGUAUGUAACAUACCAGACUCCAAACGUUUGCAAUAUUUAUAAUGCUUGCAGACAUACACCUGCAAACUUUUUUAAAUCACAAUAAAAACACAAGCCUUUUGUGUGGUUAUAUAAAUGCACAUUUUUACACCAUGUUUGCAAUUGUAAUCAAGAUUUGUUCAAUCCUGCAGCACUACUUAGAAUAGUUUUCAAAUCUGCACAAGGAGCAGAUCUCCUCCCAUGGAGGCUGCUAUCUUACACUGCGAGAUUUCUUCAGCACGAAAUGUGACUGCUAGGCAUUGCAAUGUAUCCCCACUUCUACAAACUAUACCUUUAAAUGAAGAAGCAAUUUUGUUUUCUGUGUUUUCCCCCAAUUGUGCAUAGAUAUCAUUAAAUUUCCAUGCCUGUCUCUUUAUAUCUUGAUAGAAAGUGAAAUUCAUGCAAAAAAUGUGUCUCACAACUUAAAGAAAGCCUAUGCCUUUAAAAUUAAAUGUCUACCAAGACAUAAACUGUUUCUGAAUUCAAUCUCUCGUUAAUUUCUCUCUGUCUUUCUCUGUGUCUGCAGAACCUUGACAACUACGAGCAGACGGCUGAACAGUACAACCAGGCUGCUACCAGAGCUGAGGCUCAUAUCCGGUAAAUAAUCAGAACGAGCUUUGCAACAACCAUUUUCAGUGGAAUGAACCAUCUGGUAUUUUUAUUCCAUUUUUCUUCGCACUGCAUCAUGUUUUACAAGCCUAUAGGUAUAUCAUAGGCAAAAGUAGUUUUUUGGAGUCACUUGAAAAGAAUUCCUGAGUUCCCCGUCUUAUUGCACACCAGGCGCUGUAUGCAAGAGUAAAACAUUAACACUGUAUAUUGCAGAGAGGGAUUUGCUCUGGCUCGUUUACAGGAUGAUUACAUGAUAGUGAUGCUGUAAAUACUUCUCCCCCCCCACACAUAAGGUGAGGAAACCGGGUGAUAAUUACAAUUAACACUUCUUAUUUCUUUUAUAAAAAUAUUGUGACAUAAAAUCAUUAGGUUCUCACAGUGCUAACGUAAGUGAUAGUUUUAAUUCAGUUUUUUCUGUCACAGCAAGAGAGCUUAAGUAUGUACAGUUAGUCCUCUAAAAUAAGUGUUUUAACAAUAUUAUACUCGUGUGAAUCACAUCAUAGUAUCAUAAAACACGUACUAGAUAAUAAAGGGACACUUCUACAACAGCUGUUGAGCCAGUCCUGUUGUUUGAAUGUUACAAUGCUGUUUGUAUUUCUAAUGUAAGUGCAUUUUAUUUUGUCUGGGUAAAAGUCUGAUAGAUAAGGUAAAGAGACACCUCAUUAACUUUAUUUGCUUUCUAUUUUUAAAAUUGCCCGACUACUUUGGCAUGACAAAGAGCCACUCCGGGCUUUAAAACAGGGGUAUAAAGUACCAACAGCUUGGCCUUUAAAAUGUUCUUAUCCAGCUCGUAGGAAAAAAGAAACAGCAGGCGUUCACAUGAAGCAGAGGUGUACCUAGAGGAAGCCGGGGUUCAGACCUCACCUGCUGUUUAAAAAGUGUCAGUUUGAUCCUGUAUAGAGCUGCUGUCACACUGGCAUGGCCACAGUGUGUGAGCUUUGCCAAUUUACGCCUGACUUCAAUAUCUGCUUCACUCCUUUUUUGAGAAUGAAAGAAAAAAGCUCUAUGAAUCCACUUUAGCCUGAAAGUUGUUAAUUUCCCUUUUACCUGUGUGCAGGAUGAUGGUUAACAGAAACCAGUGAAAUUUGGCUAAUUAAUUCAGAUCUAUUUUUUCCAUCCAUUCUUUUCACAUUCUCAUUCCUCACCUUUUGCUUUUCAUUAACACAUCCAACCUUCGCUUCUCAGUGCUCGCUCUUAUGUCCUUUAAACCCUGAAUGUCAGCUGAAAUGAAACACCUCCAUGGCAAACCCUGUAAGAGUAGUAAGUAGUAACCCUUUACUUCCCCUCUGAUGGCAGUAGAGGUAAAUAUAUCCAAGCUAAAUGAGAUACAAAGCUCAUGCUCUAUCCAUUUGAUUGGUGCAUUAUUUUUAAUCAAUGCUUUCAAAAUGUUUUACAUUACAUGAACCAGCAGGAUGAGUUGGGGUGCUGUGACCCUGACAGGACAACCCUUGAAGGGAUAUUCCAGCGUAAAAUUAAGUCGUGGUCAAACACAACAUAACACGGAGUUAGACACCCCCUCGAGAGAUGAAUGUUGCCGACUGCUUGCUUCUCUAAUACCAACUUUAGUAAGGACCGCACGAUAGUGAUACACAGUGGUCUAUGGAUCCACGCACAAAACCUCAACCAAAAAGCUACUCUAUAACCACAAAUAAUGCUCAGAACAGCACCUAACUUCAUCAAUGGUAAAUAUAGGGUAGUAGCCACAGCACUAGCCACCAAACAUCUUUUUAGCUUUGCCUAAUUUCUUUAGAAAAGACACUUAACACAACUCACCCACUCUCUUCCAGCAGCCAUUUGUUUGUAGCAAGACCUCAUAUGAAUCCAUUACUGACUGCAGCAGCUUGAUGCAGCUCAAGGAAGAACCUUCAUGAUCAAUUCUUAAUGGAAAUGCAAUCAGAACGAGACGCUGAGGCAGAAGAACUACUGUGUCUGCAGUGCAAAAUGAUUAAUAUGAUGACUAUUACUUCAAGGAAAUUAUUAAGUAAUGAUCAUGAAUGUUCUCCCUUGAGCUGCUGAAUUCCGCUGCAGUCGGUAAUGGACUCAUCCGAGGUUUUGCUACAAACAAACGGCUGCUGGAAGAGAGUGGUUGAGUUGUUCUUAAUCUCUUUGCUAAAGAAACCAGGCAAAGCUAAAAAGAUGUUUGAUGGUUAGUUUUAUAGCUACAGCAGUACCUCUACAUGUACUGCUGAUGAAGUUAGGUGCUGUUCUGAGCAUUAUUUGUGGCUAUAGUGUGGUGUUUUCGUUGAGGUGUGCUCUUGGAUCCAUAGUGUGCUGUGUAUCACUAUCGUGCAGUCAUUACUUAAGUUGGUAUAACUAGAGAGGCAAGCAGUCAGCAACAUUCAUCUCUCGACGGGGUGUCUUAACUCGGUGUUACGUUGUGUCUGACCCUAACUUAAUUUAUUCCAGAUUAUCCCUUUAACUCUGAAUUCGCUCUUAAGGCUUACCAUGCCACCCUCUCCAUUAUUUUAAGUUUUACAUAAAGGGAAAAAUGUGAGCCUCAUUAUGUUAGUAUUUUAGUGUCAUUACAAUCUUGUCCAUUCACAAGGAAAAAUGAAGGUAUUUGGUCUAUUUGCUGGCUUUGCAUUUUAUGAUGGGCAGUGGCCUCAUCCACAACACUGCUGUCUUGACGCAUUUGGCCCACUGAAUGUAACGACACAUAAUUCAAGUCCAAAGUUUGUCCCAAAUGAUUACAUUAUCAAGGAUUUGGUAAUGUUCUGGGCUGCGUCUAAGAGGUUAGAAGAUCAACUCAGCACAAGAUUGCCAAAAAAGGAGCCGGUUUUCUUCCACCACAAUGCUUCACUUAUUAUUUUUCAAGAGAAUGAACGCACUAACACAAAUACAUCCAAACACACUCACUCUGCACCUUACUUCCAUUAUCCUUUUCUAUCUGUGCCACACAUUCGGGCACACUUUGUAUUCAGGCGGCCAUGUGCUCAUCAUGUUCUGUCUGCAUUUGGGCAGUGUUUCAUUGUGCUGUGGUCACGCUGUCAUUUCACACUACACUGACCACCCAGUAAUUAUUCUAUUUACCCACUGCUAAAGGGAGGAGAGCAGCUGAUGGGCUGCACUACUGUCCAGCUCUUUAUGUCGCAACAUUAUGUCUCUUUUUUCCCUAUUUAUAUUUGGCUCUGUCUGCAGCUCUGUCCGUGAACGUUUAAUUUUAACUUUUCAACCCCCUCCAUCUCUUGUUAUGUCUCUGCCAAAGCUUGAAAUUUUGUGUUUUUGAUAUUUUGAGAAUAAAGAGGACAUUUAGAGAUUUUAAACCAGAUGAGUAAGUAAAUAUCUAUUGAUUGUUUCAAUAUUUCAAGGAGAGAAGGAAAAAAGAAAACAGAGCUUUCACUUGUGUUUGUAUCCUUUUCUGCUUUCUUCAAAACUACAUCUUGAUUUUUGAUCUCUGCAAACUGAAGAAUCACAAUUUGAAGUCAGUUAUAAAAAAAAAUCAAAAAUCAAUUUCUUGGGUUCAUUCAUCUGAAGUAAACCAGAGUAAAGCCUCUAUUUGGCUUGCUAUUUACAGUGAAACUGUGACCCACCAGAAACAGAAGAAUAACUACAGAAGAUGUAUGGAAGCAGUAAAUGACAGCCUUUCUUAUACAGACAUAUCUGAGGGGGCGGUUGCCUCUGGAGUUGCUUAUUAUAUUGUAUUGUUAACCCAGUGCACAGAAAAGCCAGUUUUAGCAACUACUGGCUACAACGGACAUACUGAGAAGUUGGCCAAUGCUACUAGUGGCAUUUAUCGUUGUUGUAUCCACACUGAGCAGCACUCAGUGAGGUUUAAGGUUUGUUUUCUCUCCUUGCUUUCCGUUUCCCUCAGGUUUGGUUUUUCCAUAUUGGGUUUUAGAUUGAUGGAGUUUUUUGUUUUAUUUUAGGCUGGGGGCUGCUGUUUUCUUAGUGCAGCAUCUUUUAUAUGCUGUGGUCUCCUUGUUUUGAGCCUUGUAGGGCUGUCAGCCAUUAGCCGAAUGGUAUUUGGAUUGAGAUACUGAUAGAAAGACAGAUUGACACAAUAGUUCACUGUGUCACAGUUAUUGGCACAGUUCCUUAACCAAGUAAAAAACAUGUAAGGACUUGGAGCCCCUGCAAUAGUUCUGAUGAUGGAUCCAUUAUUUAAUGAGGUAAGAAAUGAAUUUCCUACCGACAUGGUUGUUCGUAAUAAACCAGAGCACAUCAUUCUUUGAUAAAGAAGUUGAUUUAGAUCUUCAGUACUAAUGGAAGAUGUUUCACUAUGGUUGUCUGUAUAGAAUGGUUCAAGCCAGUAGCUUUCUUAGCUUAAAAAAAAACACAAGCACUCUUAAAAAAUGUUUCAGGGGUUAAAUCUUUAAAGAUGCUGUUUGGUUAUCUAGUUAGCCCUAUUUAGUUCUGGUUGUAUAUUGAGAGUCUUCACUUUGGCAGCUGAUUCUUGGCUGUGAGUCCACAGCCAGCUUUUGGUGGUUUCACACACUGAAAUAUCCUCAAGUGGCAGAAGAGUUAAGGGUAAAAUGUUAUUUAGUGCUGUUUUCUACUUGCUUUUCCCAACUUAGUUCAUCCAUUAGCCUUGCCUUGGGGUACCAGACCCAUAUUUUCUCAAAAUAACUCACCUCGGAGACCCACAACAUUGCAGCAGAGCUUACUUUAAGAUCAAAAAAUCCAUUAAGCCUCUUAAAAAACCUUGUUACCCUCCAAGAGUUUGCAAAGACAGAACCUAAGUGAGCCUCAGGUGGAUGUCAGUGAGGCUUUACCAUGAAAUAACAGCUGACAGUUUGUUGUUUAAAGCUUACGUUCAUGUGGAUUUGUUAUUUCUACUUUGUUCCGUGUGUGGGUAACAUGUCCAAUUAGUGAAACAGACAGGUUAGGAUCUCCUACAGGAGCCAUUAUUUGACACAACACCUCCAGUCCAACAAAGGCUCACCAUUAAGGCUUAAGGCUGUACUUACUUACACUUGCUGUCUCUGGUAGAGCAUCUGUGUUCCUCUCUUUGAUUGCCUCUAUAGAGUGUAUAAAGAUACACCCACUCACUAUCCCUCUUACACAAGAUAACAAUCACAGACAGGUCAGAUGUUUGUCUGUGUUGAUACUGCGAGUAGGUAAAAAGAAAAACCUUCCAUCCUGUACAUUUUUUAUACAUUUAGAAUAUAUCUUUCUGACAUAAAGUUCAGUCUUCACAGUUUUUCUUUGCCCUAGGUAAUCAAGACUGAACUAAGUCAGAUCCGGUCCAUUUCUAACUGGUUGAAAUUUCGAGAUUAAAGUCAAGAUUAAUAUUGACGCACAUAUAGACAAUAUUUCGCAAAUGAAGUCAUAAUGUUGAGAUUAAUGAAACAGCAGCAUUGUCGCUCGUCUCUCGACAACAUGUCCUCUGUGGAACAGUUUGUAAAGCUGUACUGUAGAAUUGGAUUCAGUAAUAAGGAAAUCCUUGCUCUUUUAGCACACAAACACAGUGUGGUCAUAGGUAUUCGGACUCUGAAAAGACUGUGCCAAAGAUUAUGAUGCAGGUGCAGGGUCAUCCAUGGUUACACCUGCGUGCUAUACAGCGUGACUGUGUUGUAUCACAAGAUAGAAUAAGACAACUGAUCAAGUUGAUAGAUCCUGAAGGCGUGGGGCACAGACGAGCCCGACGUCUGAGGUGCAGGCAUUACCAAAGCCGAGGACCCAGUGCACUCUGGCACAUGGAUGGCUAAGACAAAUUUAAGCCUCACGGUAUUUCAUUUCGACUUUUUUAUACUUCAACUCUGGUCUCAAAACUUUGACUUCAAUCUUGAAAUGGAAAUCAAAAAAUGUCCCUCCUGUAAUUAUUUUGUUCUCCUCUUGUGGCCCUAAUCCUCUUUCAUACCUUCCAGACACCUGCACAUGUGAAAGAGUUUAUAUAGGAGCAAAUACUGCUCUUAAAAGACAUCACAUGUUCUGCAGUGCAAAAUGAAGCCAAUAGAUAGCAGAAACAUUUGAUGCAGCAGAUGCCUCGAAUAAAAACAAAAAAGCAUAAAUAGAGAUGAGUUCUGAGGAACAGAUUUGUUUGGUACCAGUCCUUGAUUUGCAGCACAGACGAAACUAUUGAGUUAAUGGAAAAAUGUUGCUGCUAUUGGCAUACAUUGUUAAAAAACUGCCUUCAUACAGGGCUUUUCUGACAUGCUGGCUAUCAACCAAACAGCUGACUAGUCACUUAGUUACAGCAAGCUACUUUUUUAUCUUUGCUGGUUGAAAAAAGAGGUGCUUCGUCAACAAGUUGCAACUGGCUUUACCCUCUACAUUUUUGAAGCACUUGCCUCUGCUCCAAAUCGGUCAAAGCAUGAGAAAUAUGCCAAUCUGUCUGUGUCAGCCCCUUCCCAAUGUGUGUGAGAGGCAGGGAUCAGCUGAGAGGAAAUAUCAUUGCUCCUUAGGAAUUAGAAAAAUCCAAAACCCAAGUAAAACAGAAGAUGAGAGAAAGAAUUGGAUUUUACUGUACAGGGAGGGUUCAUUGUCAAUUCUGGCUGCUUCAGAAAACUGGUAAUAACACAGCAUCUGUGGAGUAAGCACUCCAAAGUUUCCAAAUAUGCCACCCAGGCGGUUAUUAGCUUGUCAAAUGAAAAAUAAAAAAGGAAGUCGGCCCAGCAUUUUUUAUCCCACCAAGUCUGUCCAGUUAUGUGAAAUAAAAAGGUAAUGAAACAGACGAACUGAACAGUGGUCGUCUCUACAAAUGAUCAGAUGGGUAUAAAUCGUGGACUUUUCAUUUCAGAGAGCUGUCACUCUCUCACUAAACACAGAGAUUCUAGUUUUAGACUUCAAUUACUUUUGCCUACCAGGGAGUUGGAACUUUUACUGUUUAAUUUUUCAUUUGGGAUGUGCACCACAUGUUUGACUUGCAUCACAGGGUACAAAUACCUUUUGACAAUUUCAGUCAAGACAAGUUGAACCCCUGGAGUUUGUGGUCCACAGUUACAUAUUGCUUCUCAAGGCUCUUUUGAGAUUCCUAUCCCUUCCAGGAAGGGUACUUGGAAGGGUACCUGUUUUUACUAGUGAUUCUGUAUUCAAAUCAGUCCAAGUCUGCAAAGUCAAGAAGGACUUUUCCAUGACUCAGUUUUGUUGUUUCAUCUAUUGUUGUUGUGUGACACUCCUAGUUUUCAUCAAAUUAGACACAACAUACAAUUUUAUGUAGUGUGUCAUUAUCCCGCCCGCCACCGUUGCUGUGUAAUACUGUACCACAUCUCUGGACAUUUUCAAAGAACGGUUUAAAAGUCUUAUGGACUAAAGACUUUGCUAUUUGGCGACCAUCAUAACUAAUAUCUCUCUAGAUCUCUUGAAAGGCUCUAUCUAAAUUCAGGUUUUUGUUAUAUUGGCACAAAUGAAGAGGGCAGAAUCGCACAAAAGAAGCAACAAUUUAAGACACAGUUGAAUACAUAAGAUUUACUUUGCAAAGUGUUUGAACAUGUAGCAGAUACUAUAUAAUACAGUUUCUGAUAGGAAAGCAAGGAUAAGAGAUUAUGUGCCCACAUACUGUAUUGCUUUUAUGCAGUAUAGAUUUAAAAGCUACACAACUUUAAACCAAUGUAGUCAAGGUAAGUUAUUAAGAAAGAGGCACGUGAAACAAAACUGGAACUGAAAUUGUUGAUAGUGGGGAAAAAAGCCAAGUGAUGGAAGGUGAUAGCAGCUACACGCUCCAAAGAGCAUGUCUCACCCCACAUCACCCAUGACUGGACUGAGUCUUCCAUCCGCGAGGUCCCCUGAUUGAAAAGUUAUCAGCGAUGAGAUGUCACACGCGAACACUCGUGCACAUUCGCCCCUUAUCUUGUUCCCGCAUGUCACCUGUUUUAAUGAAACAUUCUCCUUAUCCCCCUCCCAUCUCUCUCUCUUAUAUUCCCACAAAGUGAGUUUGGUGGGGAUCAAUCAGCUGGGCUAACAGAGUGCGAAUUGUUCUCCCGCACUGCUAUCUCCAUUCAGCACUUCAGCUGUCAGCGCGUGGAGAUACGGCCUGAGUUCUGUCUGUCUGCAGUCUGAGGCUUGUAGAUGUUUUUGAUGGUGAUUGCCAUUUGAGACUAAGACUUUGUGAGAGUUUUGGAGAAGUUGUGAUUAAAUUUCGCAAAGUUUGGGGGUGUUGGCAUAACGCAAUCUGUGAGUUUAGGAUUUCAGUAUAAGUCAUACUUAGCUAAGGUAGAAUAAGAGCUUAUUACUGCCAGGAUGAUCACAGAACUCCUCAAACAGACCUGAACUCAAACCAUAGUUCAGAUUUUUGUAAUUCUAAAAGUAAGAAUUCUGCCAGUUGAAAUAUAAUGUCGUGACAGUUCUCCUUAUGGCAGUAUCAUAAAAGCUUUACAAAGCCUCCAACAAAGCAAGAUGCAUGCUCUGUCAUUCCUUUUGAUCUCACACCAGCCAUGACAUCUUUGAUCCUCUCUUCUCUCUGCCGCCACUCAGCGUAAUAUUAAAAACCAAAAGUACAGUGCCAUGGCUGCUGCUUUAAAAGAGCCCAAAUCCUUUUCAUCAUACAUUAAUAACUGCUCUCUCAAACACACACACACACCAACACACUCCACACACAGCAACACAAACAACACUGACUCUAACACAGAGAGAAUAAUAAAAUGCUACGCCUUUACGAUCUUUCCCUUUUUCUUCUUAUUGCUUUAUUCCCCAAUGUCACGGUUUGCAGCAGCGCACAACUUGAGCUCUCUUCAUAAAAACCACUCACUGCCAAGGUGAGACAAAAAAUAAUGAGAAACUUUAACGAUUUCAGCCUAAUCUCUCCCCACCAACUCUGCACGUUUUUAUGCAAAGCAUCACAGGCAGAAAACUGCUGGAGUAUUGUUUUGCUUCUUUUCCCUGCGAAAGUUAGCAAUCAAGCUAGCUGGGGCGGCUAAUGUUUUUCUAAUAAGAGCUCACCUCUAAUUUCAGUCGAACGAAGCAGUUGGUGCAGAUUAGCGGAGGCAAUUUUCUGCUUCAGAUUCCAUUAUUAAAACACUCCUGCUAUCAGGAAGUUUCUCUUGUUGGAUUGAAAAAAAGUUUUUUUUUUUUUUCUUUUUUAAUUUGAGCUUGGGUUAAUACCUUGGGGCUAUUGUUAUUGUUAUCUUCUGCUUUUAGGGAGUGAAUCAGAAUGCAGAGUGGAGAAUCAAACAUCAACCAGUCCUAUAAUUAUUUUAAUCUCAGAUUUAGACUGCUGGCAACUACUUUCAACUGACCAAUUCAACAACACCGUUUUCUUUUUCUGUGCAACAAAACAAAUUCUCUGUAGAGCUGACUUUAGCAAAUCCUUUUGCCUCACUCCAACGUGAACACCGUUCCUGUGAGAAAUGUACCUUUGAAUUUGAAAGAGGGCAUUCAAUGCUACAUCCCUUAUCCUGUUUUAUUACAUAUUUAUCUAUAAACUGAAGCUGACACUUUUAUUACUAAAGUGUAAAUUAUAACCUUGUGGCUCCUGGUUGUUGCCCCAAAUUAGUAACUAUAGUUUUAACAGUAUGCACAGGACACUCGUAUUUCCUGCAGCAGCUUGACCCCACACUAUAUGGUAAAAGUAUAAAUGAGAUUAUGUUGGUUACCAUAGGUAACUGUUUGUCCAGGAAAGGGCUAUUUGUCAUUCAGUACGUCAGUGACAUUUUCUGUCUUCCUUUCUCAUUCCCAGGUUGCAUUUACUUCCCUCUUCAUGAAUAUUCUCUCCACCAGUGAUUUAUUUAAUCCUGGUUGCUCUUCCCUCCGCUGCACUUCUACACACACACACACACACACAUACACCACUAUUCAAAGCAGGGUUCACACACAAACUCACUGUGUGUAUUUGCCAGUGGAGGCAGAGUCUACUGAGUUCAUUCAUAUGUGAAGGAUGUUUGAUUCUGUAAUUGCUUUAAGGGAUGGCGUGAAAGCAUUUCUUACUGUGUGUGUGUGUGUAUAUGUGUGUUUAAGCACAUGCAUGACUACGUGUGUGAAUGUCAGGUGGUCAGCUUCUCAAAAUAAAAAGGCAUGUCCUAUCAUGUCAAAUGAAGCCAUGUGUUUCUUUUGAUUGAUUUACAGAACAUGAUCGUUAACAGAUUAAAAAUUGAAUGGGACAGAUCAUCAUGAGAUUUGGCAUUCAAAGCUUUGAUAAUAUCUAAAAAGAGACUGAUUUCACACAGAGGGAAUAGACAGGUACCUGCUCUUUCCUGAGGAUUACUUCAUUUAUUCUAUCUGAGUUGUGGCUACAUGAUAACUUUCGUAACAGCAGAUAAAAAAUUACUACUGAGGAGGGAAGAAAAAGUGUAAUGUCGGUGGGAUCAUGUCAAUUUUACUGCUCUGCUCUCCUGUGUCUUGUUCCUUUUAUAAUCUAUUCUCCUUUCGUUGAACUUACCUGAGACAUUUUUCUGAAGAAAAUAAUAGUACAGAGUCUAAUACAUUUUUUGAUCUUGCUUCAAUUGUGCUGCAAAUCACACAUAUAAUGUACAUCAAUUUAAAAGAUCAGUUUGGUAGCUGAGAAAUAUGCAGCUUAUUUAAAAACUGAUAAAGCAUAAGACUGAUGAAAUUUAAAAAUAGAUCCAUUAUGAAAAUAUGACUUUUCUGCUCUUCAGCCAAGAAUGAAUAAAUAACAGUGUAUCUCAAUAAUGAAUCACAUUCUGUUUUUUUCACCACACACAUAUUGUCACACCUGUAUUUUGUCCUUGGAGCUUUGACAAUGUUGAACAUGGGACAUAUGCAUGUCAUUUAUCAGGUGAAUGCUUGCUCGUCUUUGCACUUGCUGCACUUUCAGCACAUUAGUUUUGUGAGCACACACCACUCUGUUUAGCUGAAUUUAUCUGAUAUGGGCUGAUUCUUGCAACCCAAUGCAGACUGUGAGGACAGGAGGAUAAAAGUUGAAGCACGGUGUCUUUUUCUGUAAAGUCAGUAAAGAAAGACAGAACAGUCUUCACAGCUUUUCUGCAGGUUUCCUUUGUGCAUAUAUCCACCACUAACCCCUGUUGUUACGCUAUUUUGCACCACAGUGAAGUUAGUUUGAAGUUGAACAGGAGUUCUGUCAGAGCUUUCACUAAUUUUAUCCACUAUUUCCACUUCCAUUUCUCUUUCCUCACCAGCCAUUGUCCACCUGUAAUGAUGGAAAAUGAUGGACUUCGCCUUUUUAUUCCUUUUUCCAUUCUACUUUGCUUCUGUUUUUCUUCUGCUUUGCGAGCUGAGUGUGCAUACGAGCUUGCACCGACAGCAGUGCUUUGAAUAAUAAGCUGUGUGUACGUGCAUGUGCAUGCAUAUAUCCAUAUCCCAAUCCUCCUAGUUACGAGUUCUGUCACAACAGCAGGUAAAUUACUACAAGCAACAGAGCACUCAAGGAUUACCCUCAUGUAGGCUUAGCAUUUGCGACCUGUGUAUGUGUGCUUGUCUGUGUGCAUAUGUGUACGUGUUUGUGGGUGUGGAUAUGAUUGUGUGCUUUUGUCUACACACAUGUACUGUAUGUGGGAGGAAGAUAAAGAGAAAAGAGAAAGUUUGACUUUGGCUCUUAAGCUUCUUUGUCGGUGCAUAACUCAUCAUCCUGUACAGACUCCACCUAGAAGCCUUUGAAACCCUCUUUGCUUCUCUAUUUGCAACAAAAAACAAACCAUCAACAGUCUGAAGUUCAAAAAUGUUUCUCUUGUGUUCAAUCAAAUCUCGUUCCGUCUAAAGGCACUAGAAGCUGUUUGUGCUGCUUUAAUGGUGGUCUUGGUUAACACACAUUCAAGGACGCAAUGAUGCUUGAUACCUUUGUUUCAUUUUUUUCAUACAAACAAGGAAUGUUACCAAGUUGAUUUAAUGGAAGUUCAAAUUCUGACAAGCCAAGUCGUCUAAAUGUAAAAAAACUUUCAGUCAAGUACUAUCUAUCAUAUUUCGUGUAAUCUUUUUAUCCCUUUUAAAACUGCCACUGUCUUCUUUAAUGACAAGAUUGACUGCUAUUGUAAAUGCUGCAGCUAUGUGUGGCCUCUUGUUAUGUGUGCAACAAAGACAGUGCUUUUUACCUACACAAAACAUGCCAGCAAAUAGUUUAAAGCCAAAAUUGUAAAUAAUAAAAUACUUGAUAAAAAAAUAUCCUCUUCCAGUCUACAAAGACUUUGCAGUCACUCAGAUGGUGAUGGUCAAACUGGUGUUUUGCUCUAAUGAGUUACCCUGACUCUCAGCCAAUGUGUCUGUGGUUAUUGUCGUUUCAAGUGUUAAACACAGAACUACAUCUCUUUCCACUUCAGCUCCUCAGCAGCUCUCCUCAUUAGUUUUAAGGUUUAAGUUAACCUGUGUUUAUAAAAAGUCAAGUUAUGGUUUGUUUUUUUGACUAUAAGUUGUACAGUAUAUCUGAAGGUGUCUUUUUUUUUUAUCAGUAUCAAUGAGAACUGUACGUUUAUACCUAAAGCUCCUGUGAGGAAGUCUUGGUUUGUGUCGAUUUUGCCAAGUAGUGUCUUUGGACAGAAAAAUUUUAAUUACAACAAAUGACAGUGAAGUGUGUCAUCGUUAUUGUCAUCGUUAUUUUUUAUUAUUAUCAUUAUUUAUUUUUAUUUUAGUAUUAUUUUUAUUACUUAUUAUUUCAUUGUUAUUUUUAUGUAUUAUUAUUGUAUUAUAUUAUUUUAUUCAUUUUAUUAUUUAUUAUUAUUUUUUUUUUUAUUAUUAUUAUUAUUUUAUCCAAAUCAUUCAUUUUUCAUGAAUAAAAUGUAAAAACCGCUUUUUCACCUGCUGCUUGGCUGACACCUACCCCCCUUGUGCUAGUUUCAGGCAUAGAACAUCUAUGCUGAAAAAUUAUCACUCUUUUCACUGAUGAUCUUGUUUGCUUUGUUAAAUCUUAAAACUACAUCAAUAUGAAUUUCAUAAAUGCCCUAAAACUUCUCAUAGGAGCUUUAAUCUUUAAUUUAAACUCACUUUGGAAGGUAAACUGGUAUUUAGACGAAACAGAUUACAGGUAAGCUUAGUUUGUUUGGACAGUGCUUAUCAACCAACAGUAUUUGCUGUACUGAUAGCUUAUUCGAGAGGAAAAGCUUUGUUUCAGGCUUUUAUCCUCAAGAUGCUCUGUCAGGCACGGUGCUCUAAUGAACUGUUAAUUGUUGCCAAGAGAGUUGAGCGCAGAGAGAAACUGAAGAUAUUCUCAGUUGGCAGUGCGAUGUGUCUUAAUCAUGCUGACCCUCCUCUCUUCUCUCCGUGCAGACCUCGGCAGACAGUGUCUGUGUGCACUGAGCUGCAGGCCAAGGUGCUGCAGUGCUACAGAGAAAACCCUCAGCAGACCCUGCUCUGCUCCAGCCUCGCCAAACAGUACAUGAUCUGCGUCCAGCAAGCCAAGAAGGUAGGCAAGGUCUGCAAACUCUUUGUAGAUUAGGGAGGGUGAGAGAGUGAAGAAAAAUUGAAGGUUUUGCUUGUGUGGGUGUAUAAGCUUGUGUGUGUUAAAAAGUUUGUGUGGCAAACCAAAGGACUCAGAUCUGUAAAUUUACGCUGUCAUACCUCUUCUGGCAUUAAGCUUCUUUUUUGCUCCCUCCCUUUGAGAACCACACUUGGCCAGAGUAUUUGGAGUCGUUCCCUUUCCUCUAAAGAUAUUUUUUAAAUUUGUUUCCAGUUUUUUAAAGCAGACAGUAGGAUAUCAGCUAAUUAGUGAGAACCACGGGAAACUUGACAGUGACACUGACAGCGGAACAAAAAGGUGAAGAGACAAAUAAUCCUUUCAAUCCUCGCACAAAAUCAAUUGUAAUCUGCGAGUUGGUUUCUUUGACACUUCAAACACAAAGCUUAAUCAAUGAGACACGCAUAUCCAGUGGAUUUAAAAGUCACCAGGCGUGCUCUGUGUUUUGGAACUUUCUGAUAGGAAGAUUACACUGUUAUUAGUGUAUUAAAAUCAGUUUUGGCAUUCAUCUCUUUGAAAUGCAUUCUGCGUUCUGCUGAUGCUUUUGCAAAUAGUGUUCAGACCCUACGCUUAUCUACAAAGUGCUUAUUUUACCCAAUUUCUCCAUCAAAAAACAAUAAUGAAUGGGGCAAUUUGCACAUUAUUAUCGUGACACAACGCACUGAUAUGGCUCCAAAGCAGAUAAAAGGCACGAAUCAACAAUUGGUGAAUUUGGCAGUUUAAACAGUCGAUAACAGCAAAGCAACGGCUCACAAUAAAAGCAAUCAGUCUUUUUGAACUGGUUCAAAAGAUCCAUUUGCCAGUGGGAUGGGACUCUUUGGGGAGGAAACAGUGUAUAUAUGUUUGUACGUGAGUUGGUUUGUUAGUUGAUUUGUAAGCAGGGGUUGUAUAUAUUCAGAUUGUGAGUGUUAAAGUGUGGAGAAAAGGAAAGCUAGCGAGUGCUCGAUUCAGGUUCAAUCAGGCAUAUCAUUGAAAAGGUAACAGUAAAUGAGAUUUAAAAACGAAAGAGAAAACGGAGCAGCCAGAAAGAGAGCAAAGGGGCAGACGAACAAAAAGGAGGAAUCAGCAGCUACACCCCUCCCUGAGUGAGUGAACAUAAUGUGCUGAGGACCAGAACAGACCAAACCUCAAAAUGUCCUCUGAAGAGAAUUUCAAAAAUUCACUCCUAUUAGAGAAAAAGGUGGAUUUAGCCAAUGUUUUUGCUGCACCACUCCUGACUCAUCCCGUCUUCUCUCUUCCUGAAUUUAAUAUAACUCUUAAGAGUUUCUUUCAGACUUUGCAAGAGAAACAGACUUGAUUUGAAACAUUUUAUCAGUGACAUCUUCUAAGUCUAACCUUUCUUUACUGGGAUAAUCCCACAGAGAUAAAAAUCCUGCUUUUCACCAGAAACCUGUGCUGCUCUUUUGAAGGCAUUUGGAUUUCCAGGUUGACCUUCUAGACUUCUGAGGAGUGCUAUAUCACAAGCUUAAACUUGAAAACCCCUAUAAAUGUUCUGAGAUUUAGGAUUUAUAUGUGUAAAUGUAAAGGACCACAUUUUUAAAUGUCCUAUUAAACUACUAACACUCAAUAAUCUAUCCUAUAUUCCAUAUUUCACCCAUUUAGCCCACUCUUAAAUGUUCACUUUGCAUUAUAUCUUCUCAUCCUUUGAUCUUUUCCUCUGCCGUCACUGUUGAUUCAUCUCUUUUCCUCCAGCUUCCAUUCUCCUUUAGCUUCUAUCCUCCAUGUGUCCCUUUUUCCUAUCCUGAAGUACUUUCCACCGCCCUUCACUUCACACUUUCUUCACAUCAUCCAGUGCAUUAGCUCUGAUCUGCACUGCUGUUCAGGAAACAUUCAAAGCUUUUGGUUAGGUUUGGCUAACAUGUCAGCUUCUAUCCUCACCAUGUUUAUUUGCACACACAGCCUGCUAUCAGAUCCACUGCUGUCUUUGUUGAACACACAAAUUCCUUCAGAGGCUCUCGGAGGGGCCUGAUCAAGUUUCAAACAGGCAAAAAGGUGCGAGUAUUUCUUAGCCAGAUUGGUGAGGUGGCUGUCAUUUGCUCACUUCAACUUUAAUAGUCAUACCUUCAUCCUCUCCCAUAUAGUAAAAAUGUGGCCAACAUACUGUCAUAACAAGCUCUGAGAUGUUGCGCUCAUGACAUAUUUUGGAGCCUCUCACAUUUCAUAUCCCAAUUAAACAUCAAGUUUCUCUCACGGUGGUACAGUCUAAAGGAAAAUAGAUUUUUGUGUUGAUUUGAGGCAAAUACUCUCAGUUACAGGAAGUUCUGUGACUCCUGAGUUCUUAAUGUUUUUACUCGCCGUUUAUCCUUAACUCUGGCUGCAGCCAUUUUUUUUACACUUCUGUCAAUGAUCGUGUCACACGCCCUCUACUUUCUCAUUUCUGUUCCAAGAAAACAAAUCAAACAAAUGUAAAAAAGAGAGUCUCAAACUAUCAAGAUCAAGGAUUACUGGACAUUAAAUCUUUUGACACUGUGGUUACAUUAAGCAUAAAUGACCAUCAUUGUAACGAUGCAAAAGUCUGGUGUAAAAGGCAGCAUGAAACCUCCUCUUUAACUUCCGUAUUGGUUGAAGUCUUACCUUCUGUUCACACCAAGCACAAGUAAAAUCAUUGGCACGAGUGAAUUACACGUGAAGUCAAUGCAAAGACGCGAUUAGACGCUCACUCCACUCAGGUGAUGCAAAUGAAGCAAAAUGCGUGGCACGAAUUACGCAAGUUGAGCUGACUAUUUGCUCGAAUUGUUAUUUGUUGUUUAUUCUCAACAGAUCCUCAUAAUGUGGUCAGCCUCGAGUAGAUUCAUGCUGCGCAAUUCGCAUCAUUUGUGACACCUGAGUAGAACGAGCGUCCAAUCGCAAUUUGGAUUGACUUCAUGUAAUUUACUCAUGCGAAUGACUUAACUCGCGUUUGGUGUGAACACAAGGUUAGAGGUGAAACUACUUUUCAGUUGGUUCGACCUUGCGUCACUUAUAGCUGUAGCUGCAAUCAUUAUUUGCAUCCAUAUUAUACAAAAGUUAUAUAUCAUACUUAAAGAGCAUCUUUGCACCAGAGGCACAGAUCAGACAGGGUCACAUAUGGUGCAAUAUGAGUAGGCAGAUGGGGCAGAGGAAGUAGCAGGGAAGCCACAGAAGAAUAUGAGAUGGAGACAAAAGAGUGUCGAUUCAGUCCACACUCUUUCAAUUCGUGAAGCAAGGGAGAGCUGAAAGUGGGGUUGCAGGGGGAGAGAUAUGAGUGAAAGAUACUGUGAGAGGUGAAAGGCACAGAUGCAUGCUGACAGUCUGAAAACAAUGGGCAGAGAGUCGCGGUACUUCUGCUUACUUAUCGACAUGGUAACUGGUUACAGCAGCAGCAGUCACAGUGUGACAGUUUGAGAAACUGUGGUAGUUUACAGCCCUCGGUGCCACAAUAGGUGUCAAGAAUGACAUUUAGUCUUCUCUUAUUCAUUUAUCAUAUCACAAAUGAGCAUACAGGCAUCAUAAACACAUUUUUAUAGUCAGUGUGGCUGACACUUUCAGAGUCUUAUCUCAGAUGCCCUCUGAAAGUGCACUGUACGUCACCAUUAAUCUUUGUAGGUAUUUUCCAGGAGGGUUUUUUGUUUUUCCGAUUUUGACGGCAUGACUUCUUCAUUUCGUGGCUUUUCCCCUAAAGUUAGUUCUAAGUUUUGCUCUGCUUCUGCCCUAAGAUGGAUACUUGCACUUAAUGUUUGCACAAAUCCUCGUGCUCCAGUUUUCAUUCUAAAACACCUGCCACCAUGUGUCUUCUCUGCUCUUGGGUUUUUUUAUGCACCACCCCUGUCUUAAUUUCUCAACCACCAGGUAUUGGGCCAGUCAAUCAGGGUAAAAGGCCUAAUUGUAAAUUUGGCAUACUUUUGGGUCAGUUUGCUUACAUUUGGGUAAAAGCAGGAAAGAGAAACCCAACUCUGUCUGUAGCCAACAGUAAAACUUGGGCAGGAAUAUCUGUCUGAGGGGAAGCAGAUAACGUCAAUCUUUAGCUCAAGAACUCAUGGCUUAUCAGCUAUUUCUGAAACAACUUAGCAUAUUGUAUCAUGCACCAAGGGAGAUGGUUUUUUGAUAAUGCUGUCCACAAAAGUAUUAGCUUUAUAGAUCUUGCAUCUUUUUUUUUUAAAUGCUGUAUUUAGCAAUGUUGGGUGAAAACACGGGUUCUCAAACAAGACUUUGGAGUGGUACCACGGUGGGUGACUGAGACUGGGUCAAAAAGAGAGCAGAGACGAGCAGAGCUGCCACCGGAGGCUUCCGAUCAGUCAGCCUUAAUGAAAAGAAAUGAGUGGGCAGUCCCAAGACCCCUGUGGACAUGCAGGCAGCUGUCCAGUGUUCCUGUCUAUAAAUGGAUCUGACAGAGCCAGCAACUUGGCAGAGCCGAGCACUCGGACCAAAAGUUUUACGAGGAAAAAGUUUCAGCAUUGCUGCAAGUGGUUAAGGGUCAACAGGGAGCAAUAUGCACGGAAGAUUUAGUCACAAAAGAGAGCACUACAUCAUAUUAUAUUAUGAAAUAUAAUAUUCACAGGACACCUGGGGGAAACAAUAUGUUAGCAAUGGGGCUGUUAAUGAUUGGAGGUUUUACCUUCCCCCUGCAAGAGAAGUCUGUGUGCUUGUUGCAAAAUGGGAAAAUAAGGUUUGUCUGUAAUGUAGAUCAUUUGAAUCAACCUGACAUGAGCUCAUGAGCAAUUUGGAAAACUUUGGUAUACGGAAAGGAAACAUUUUUACAACCAACCAAAAUACUUGCUGUUAUUUAUAUAUUAGAUAUUUUGUUCAGGAACAAAACUUUUCUAGGGUCAUUGCACCGACACUGGGCUGAAACAGAUGCAUGUAGUCAUUUUGAAAACACCACUUCUCUGCUGCACUGAAGGACAGCAGUUUAAACUAAGAUAGUUUAAAGAUGCAUCCAGAAAAGACAGUUUUUUAUAUAUAUCUAUAAAGCUAACAAGAAAAAUAAACUGGCUGUUCAUGUGCAGAUAAGACAGCAAGUGAGUAAAAAAGAGACAUACAACGUCUGGAUGCAGUAAUUUCUCAGCUUUUUGCGACAAUAACAUGGCUGCUCAAUAGAAAGCAAAGCUUCUUGCCUUCAUGGUGAAAACCUCCCGACAGCUUAAAAGCUCUGUUCUUUUGUUAUCUUUAUGUGCUCGCAAGGAUUUUCCAAAGCAGAGGCAUUCUUCUCUGUGAUUAAAGGGAGAAUGCAGUGUUUCCCCCCAAAAUUAAUCUUUGUCUGAAGCUGAUACCUUAUGCUGCAUGCUUUUCAUAAAUACAGUUAUCUUUUUCUCUUUUGUCUCGCUUGACGUGUAUCAAAUACCAUCUGUCUGCCUUGAAACUCUGUUCCGCAUAGUCUCCUGGUAUUUUUAAAAGAUUCUCUUGUUACUAACGUGAACAGUGAAUUUAUGUGAAGACAACAUAGCAGGAGAAGCACGCCGUCUUAGCUAGGAUCAACCCUUCAACUUCCACCAGGCUACCACUGACAUAUGACUUUCCAUAAGUUUGUUUUUGUAUGCUCUACUGAACAUAUCUUCGUUUUUGUCAGCCUGUCUGUCUGUCAAUCAAUCUGCCAAUGAAACCAGCAGCUUAUCUGUCUCCACUCUGCCAGCCUCUUGUUCUGAACAUCACUGCCACAUCUAUCUCACUUUUUUUCACCCCCUCCUUGAAGUGCACUCAACCCACUAUCUACAGUGGCACAGCUUUCCUUAUAUAUCACUCAAAAGUUCUUUUAUGUUUCAUGAUUCGUGCAAACACACACACACGCAUUUUUUUUCCACACAUACUACUCUAUGCCAUCUAUGAUAGACAGUGGCUGCAGGAUAUAGCCUUGGACCUUGUCUCUGUUAUCACUCCCGUCUCCCUCUCCUGUCUGUGUCCUUAGUUUGGCCAUUGUCAUGCAUAUGGGACCUUAUAUGUGUGUUUUUCUUUGUGUAUUUGUGCAUAAAGGAUGCAGGGUAAAUGUCAGUCCUCAAAGGCCUCAUGCCACCUUGAGGGUUUUGUCUCUUUUUGGAGGGCCCUUGACAGUUUCUUAUAUUUUUCUUGCAGUAACGUCAUUGUCAUUGGAAGUUGUUGCAUCCAGUGUGUCUUUUUGUGUUUCUCCAAGUGUGUAAGUCCACUGGGGAGUUUGUGAGCCCACCAUAUACUUCUCAUUAUAUUAACUCACUUUCAACCUUCUUCUCAGUGAAACAAAGCACAGCCAUCCUCAAAGUCAUAUUCAAGAACAAAUGUCUCUCCAAUCACCACUUACUCUAAGUGCCCCCCCCCCUUUCCCACUCGCCUCCGGCCUACCUCCACAGCACUCCAAGGCUCCAGUGCCAGCUAUUUACUGAAUCCUAAUGCUUGUACUGUGCUAUUCAAUACCAUUAGCAGGGGUGCGACGGCAUCUCGGCAACACUUGCCACUGUAUCCCACAUACUUAACCCACUUGAACCUGUCUGUCUCCUGAUCCCAGUGUUUGUGGACCCCGACGUGUGAGUGUGUGAGAGUGUUUGCAGGCCUCUGCCAUGCUUGGCUAAGUGCCACUCUGGUUCUGCCUUGAUUACACAAGCCUUGGAGCAAAGCUAAGAAAUGAAGUGUGAUAUACCUUUCAGUGUGGUGCUGUUUUUAAGGGUAAUCAGAAUCCUUUAAAAUACAACUAUUGCCUAAAAAUAAUAUCACUAUUUUACACUUGGUUGAUGUUGGUAAACUGCAGGGGUAAGGGGAGAGAUUAUAAGAAACAUGUUUCCUGUAUUACAGUAAGUUUACGGCAACAUUCAAGUGUUUUGAAUAAAGCAACAUUUGGCAGAACAGACAGAAGGAUGUUUAAAAUUAUGUUUCAUUAAACAUUUUGGUAUGAGGCCUUAAGUUUGGUAAUUCCAAUCUGAGGUCCCCACGAAGAAUUGAAAACAGGAAACACACAAACAGAAAAUGUUGCCCGAAUUGUGGGCUACUAUAACAUUGGUUUAAGCACAGUGACAAACACCAAAACACUUACUCAGUUUGAAUUGUGUUCUGGUUGAUCAAUUUUGUACUGUGAUUCCAGCCAGUGGUUACCUGUUUGUUUGUGUGUGUGUGUGUAUAUAUAUAUAUAUAUAUAUAUAUAUAUAUACAUUGUUGACUUAUUGUGUAUUUGAUAAACAAGUUUAUUUACCGUUGAGGCGGACCAUUCUCCUCCGUGCGUCCCUGAGCUGCCUGCUUUAGUUCCCUCACUCUGCUGUGCUGUGAGGUAGUUAGUGGAUAAAGAUUGUCAUGAGGUCGCUGCGCCAGGAUAAGUCGGGAACUUUUCAAAGUGAAACCAAAUCUUAUUCUCCGCAUUUUAUUUCUGAAAAUAUCAGCGAAAAUCUGCGAGUUUUGGCCAAUUAGCCUCAAACAGGCUAAAAUGGGCUGAUAUUAUAUAUAUAUAUGUGUGUGUUAUAAUCAUGUUAUAGCACCGUAUAACUAUAGUUAUAAACACUCAUAGAUGAUCAUAAUGCUUUAUAGCAAUAAUCAUAACACAUUAUAAAGAAUUUUUAUCAUGACUUACAAGGUCAGGUAUUAUGUGUUAUAACUGUUAACAACUCACUAACAAUCCCCACAUAGAUAAUCCAGUGCAAGUGUUGUUAACAGUUAUAACACAAUAUUUCUAUAAUGUGAUUAUAACGCAUUAUAAAUAUAUUUGUAAUGUGUUAUAGAGAGAGGUGAAAAAUAAAGUGUUACCACAAUAUUUUUAUAUUUAGUUUCCAUUGGCAUGCCACACUGGUAGGCUAAAUGACAUAUAUUAAUAGUUGACCCUCUCUUACAGUCCAGGUAAAGUCAGGAGAGCUGGUGAAAACAUUUCUCAGUCACUGGUUGCUUCAAAAAGGAGGAAUUGAGCCGUAGUGAUGGUAGCAACACUGUUCAAUGUUGUGACUUUGUGCCUCAGAAGGAAAGAGAGCUUAAUAAGGAUAAAAGUCAGCUCAUAUAUUCUUGUGGGGGACCUGUUCAUGUUUUCUCAUGUAAGCGUUGGAGGAAAUGUUUAAUUUAAUGUGACUAAUAAAAAAAUAAAGAGGCUACAAACGCCCCUGCAGAUGUCCCGUUCAUCUAAUUAGAGUGAAAAAUAUCCAGUUAAAUGAGUAUUAUGUUGGCAUGCUAAUGAUUUAACUUAACUGUUCUUGGCUUGUUCAUGAAUCAAGGAGCAUUACAAUUUCUACCCCUGGUUGCGCUAUCAAUAGUGGUGGAAUCAGAGAGACUGUUUUUAUUUAUACUUAUAUCAUUUAUAAAUCAACAAAAUUGAUCACAUAAUCUUUAACACAACAUUUAGAGUCAACAUUUAUAUGACCUUAGAAACAGUUAAUCAAUAAACAAUGGGUUUUUCUCAUCUAUACAGUCUGAUGUAUGUACAUGUCUGAUCAUUCCAGAAUGUGCAGCGCUGACAGAACACGCCACACAUGCAUUCUGGAGAGUUAAGGCUUGACAGAUGAAAUGUAGACAAAUUAAAUUGAAAAAUUAAGAGCAUGUUUUUGUUGCAAAUACACAUGUUGCAAUAUCAGUAAGUGUGUGAUUUAUUGUGCAGCUCUACUUUCAGCCAAAUAAACUUAGAGGUUAGGUUACAGUUGUGGUCAUGGAGAGUUAAUAAAUAGGAAAUGCAUUAGGCACUUUGCUCAUUAUCAUUUCCAACCAAAGCUCAUCAUUUGAACAACUUUUGUCACAUUUACAUUAGCGAUGAGUCCUUGAUACACUUCAGUCCUGUCUGAAGCAGGAAAUGCAAAGAGGCUGGAGUCCAUCUUCAGUCUCAUCUUUUCAUUUUGAUCUUAUUCCACAAGGAUCUUAGUUGCUACAAAUGGGGUUUGUGAGCAUGUGUCUGUUUGUAGAAGUCAAGCAGGAAUUUGGAGAGCUCAGGUUUGCAAAUAGAUCCUGUCAUGUUCAGGUGCUUUUGUUCCCUUUUUCUGUUGUGUUCUUGAUGUUUUUGUAUCUUUUCAUCUACUGCAUCUGUCCAGUACUUAUCUUUGUACUUCAAAACACUUAAGUUGGCAUUAACCACUUCAUUCUCUUUCAACUACAACUAACGUCCCAGUGUCUUUUUCAGGAAAAAGUAUAUUUUAAAAAGUAGUGCUUAAUCUGAAGCCCCUUUAGACAACCCCACAGCCCUAAUAAAAUCCUAAAAUCAUUUUUUUUCCUGUGUAGGAAAAGAACUUAUUGGUAACAAUAGUGGCAGACCACUUCAAUCUGCUGUUUCUGAGAGGGGUCUGGCUGCAGACCUCCAGUAUCAGGACCCACCUCCACUGAGAGGACCCAAGGUGACAUUUGCCUCACAUGCCCCAGUUUGUUUGAAGUGGCCAUCCCGUUUCUUAUUUUGUCUCUGUUAAACACAUAAAUACACAAAAAAAAAUCAUGUUAACAUUAUUGACAACAUACUGUACAUAAAAUAAAAUCCCAAGAAAUAAAAUAUAUUCACACAAGAACUAAAAUACAUGCUUCCCAGUCUAAUAGCUUUUAAUUUGAAAGGCUUCAACUCAACUUCUGACGUAAGACAAAAAAAAAAAUCCCAGUAUAUUUGCUUUUAUUUUGAAAAGCUUCAAAUCAACUUCGGAUGUAAAAAAAAAAAAAAAAAAAAAACUUGUCCCGGUUUAUAUGCCUUUAUUUUGAAAUGCUUUAAAACAACUUCCGAUCCACUCAGUGGAGGUGGGUACUCACAAUAGAGGUCUGCAACGAAGGGUCCUGACUGUGGAGGUCUGCAGCCAGACUCUCUUGGCUGUUUUCCAAUCUCCUGGCCAGAUCUUAGAUUAAAAAAAAAUAUCAAGACAUCACCAUACAAACCUGCUUAGUUCAUCCAGGUGAAAAAAUGGGUAGACGAGAAAUGGAGGAAUGCUGCCAUUUGGCACUGAAAAGGGAAAAAAAUGAGGAAUGAGUCUUGUUGCAGGGAUGAAAGAGGAAUAGAAGGUGCCUGUCAAUGGAGAAAAUGGAUGGGAACUGAUGAAAGAGAGAAAAAAAGUCAGAAAGAAAGAGGCUUCAGAGUGCCUGUCAGGGAAGAAGGGUUAAUAGAAAACUGUAAGAGAGAGAUACAGCAGGAGAGAGUGGGAAAGGGGAGGAAUGAAGAGAGGAUGAAUAAAGAGAAGAGGAGCAGUUAUGACAGUAGGGGGGAGGAGGAGAAACGAGGAUAUUAUUGAAGGAGGUGAGGAAAAGGGGAGAAAGCAGCUCUGUCGACCUCUUGGAGGAGGACAGAGACCAAAAAAGUCUAAUGCUUUAAUUGUAAAAUAUAAAGAAAAAAAAAAUUUUUUUUAAAUGUAUGUGAAUACCUCUUACAUUGGUUAUAGCUUAUGAGGAUGUAAAAUAGUACCAACUCUUCAAUGACAUGUAAAUAUUUUAUUCUGCCAUUUUCAAUCCAUAAAUCACUAAUAUUGUCUUUUUUAUUUCCUACCACAGAUUUUUUUUUUUUCAUUUUGUUCCAUUAUAGUCCUUUUGACAACUUAUUUGAAAAGAAAUACUGACACACGCCUGUGUUAUAAAUACCAUAUACCCUUAUGUAUAUAAAGUAUAUAUAUAUAUUGCCCACACAAACAUACUUCUGUAUACAGCUUACAUUUAUCUGUGUCUUUAUGUCUCUCUCCUUCCAUCCCACCUCUCCAUCACAUCCAUCAUCACCAAGGCGACCACCCUGUGAAUGCACGGGCCAUAUAAAGAUGAGCUGUUCUCUCUUGUGCCUCCCUCCCAUUUUCUCCUUUGAGUCUCUCUCUCGUUCUCUUCCUCUCUCCUGAAUCUAUACAAAAUUAUAAAAAAACUCAACAUUGUAGCGAUGCUACACUCCACUCUGUAACGUGAUCAAUUUUUCUGCCUUUGCACCAGUUUGUGUCCUUGUUUGGGUGCUAACAAGGUAUAGGGUUAAAUUAGGACAAGAGUUUAAUGCAGGGGUGUCAUCCUGUGAAUGAAACUUUAAUUUUCUGUAUCAUGUGUGAUUUUUAUCAGCUUGGUCUAACUGACAAAGGUUCUGGUUGUCUAUAUACAGAUAAGUAAUACAAAUAUUUUGAAGAAGAAUGGCUUGUUCUUGAUGAAAUUUUGCCAAGACAAGGACGCUGCACCUUUGACCCUUAAACAUAAACAUUCCCAAAUGGCAAAAAUUGGACCUGAAAUGACCAGUUAAGUAUCAAAAAGUGGCUAAAACUGAAAGUUUAUAUGAAUGUUUUCAUUUUUUUUUAUAAUUGGAUGCUGGCUACCUCCACAUUUGUAAAAAAUUCCUGUCUUUUAGUCUCUUUUCAGUAAUUUGACUUUGAACACUUUUCUUAGGUCACUUUCACACGACCCUCGUUUGGUCCAGUUAACCAUGGUCUGAUUCGCUUCUGGUGAGAACGCAACCUGACUUUUAAUAGGACCAAAUGCAGGAAGCAAACCAAAACAGCAGUGCAUCAUGGGUUAAAAAUGGAUGCGUGUGUUACCAGCUAAGAGAAUAGGAAACGGAGGGUCUGUGAGCACUAGCAGCCUGACAGAGAGGACGAGGAAGCUGACGCGUUAUAAUUUAUCACACAAAACAUUGUAAACUACCGACAAAAAGACGUUUAUGAUUCAUACAUCCCAUCCCUAGGUCUACUGGCUAGGAUUCACGUAAUGUUGAAAACACACCUCACUCGUCCUCUGUGUAAUAAAUACACCGAAAACAUAUCAUAGGCACCCAUAAGGGCCCGUCUUCUCCUUCAGUAACGUGUCGACAGAACCAUGUCAUACAGUCUAUGGUCAUGACUCACAUAUCGCCAUCUGUCCUGGUUGCAGCACCAUAUCUAUAUAAUAACUGUCCAAGCCAAUGCUAUACACUGCUGCUGUUCCAUUGUUGACGGAAAAAAAUGACUGGUGAUUUUCCUUUGCAAAUUUUUUGACCAAUAGCUGAAGGACCUGUAGACCGCAUGUGAUUUGAUUACAAAAAAGGUACGUUUUGACAAAUUACAGUGUGAACACAGACCAGACCAAAACUUAAUUGUAACAAUGUAUAAUUUCUUCCCGCUGAUCCAGACUUUCAGGUGUGAAAACAACCUCAAAGUUUUUCAAUUUAAAAUGCCUCGUGUUCAAAAUUUCAGCAGGGCGACCCACGAGAAUACACAUUAAAAAGGGGAACAUUUUCAGAUGUGCAGUGCAGGGUUUAGUUUAGGGCUGCAGCUAUCGAUUAUUUUAGUAAUCGAGUACUCUAUCGAUUAAUCUGUCGAUUAAUCGAGUAAUCGGAUAAGAAAUGUUUUGCUCUCACUGUAAUACUUUGCAUUGAAUCACGUUUGCCUCAGAGCGGACUUAAUGCAUGGACCGGGUGUUUUCUUUUAAGGUGCUGCAGCAUUGACGACGUGCUGUUGUGAAACGCCAACUCCGCCUUACAGUGAACGCACUGCACGGCGUUUUCUUUCCUUUUCAGUGUGUAAUGGUCCCACACUUUAGACACUUUCUGCCGUUUCCUCUGCGUGUCAUCUCUUUCUUCCUCUCUCUGUCUGUCCACGUUUCCCCCCAUGAUUGAACCAAACGCGCCAUAGACAUAAUAAAAGAUAGACCCCGCAUCGGCCGCUACCACGAAUGGGCGCUGUCGAGAAAUGCGGCCGCCAUCUUGGUCCGGUCAUCCGCCUCACUGUGCACCGCUGUUUAACCGGCGGAAUGAAGUCUGAGCGCAUUAAUGAAUCAUAGUUCGCUCAAUACUACGUAAUUUUCUUCUCUGCAAACGCCAUUCAAAGAGGCAUGAUAGAGGCCAUAUUUUUUUUUGGCGUUUUCAAAUACUCAGAAUGAAUAAAAUGAUAUUUUAGAACAUGGCAGCAGUGGCUGUAUUAUAGUAUAACAAUUAAUCAAGGAUAUAUUUAGGUUUAGAGCUAGGUUCCUGCUAUGUCUCAAUAAUUAUUAAUAACUGGCGGUAUUAAUAGGCCAAUUCAAUAUAUAUUGCUUUGAUUAUAAUUUUUUAUAUAGUUUAAUUUUAUUUAUCCAUUUGUAGACACACACAAAUAAUGUCAUAUAGAAGCACUAUUUUAAUAACUGGAAAAUACACACAAAGAAAUACACACAAAUAUAUAGCCUACAUAUCAAAAAGAUUUAAACACAAGAACAGCAUGACAGGACAGCAUCUAAACUACAUAUCAAUUUGCUUGUUGGCUACACAGCACAGAGGAAUCACUUGCUGCGAAUUUCUCCCUCUAACAGCAAUCUCCCACUUCUUCCUCAAGUUUUUGUCCUUAGGAAAUCUUCAAAAUGAAACAGGAGAUCACCACAAAGAAAUCUUUAAUAAAACAGAUAAUAAAACAGAGCUCACUUUCUUCCUUUUUCUUUCUAUUUUAUUUCUUAACGUUUCUUAGAACCUCUCUCAAACAAAAGUUUUUCAAUCUAAUGCAAAUCUGUUGAUAAUCGACCAAAGUUGCUAUUAUUGUGAAUAAGCUAGCUGUUCGCAAAUGCUGUUUCCUUUUUGGAGUUGACCGAUAGUCUUCCUCUUUGGCCUACAAAUGACUCUACAGUCAAGUGUAAUGUUUAAAAAACGUUUAAUCAUAACUGUGAAAAGUUAUUUCUUGAGCCCUGUUCUCUGCUGUCCGCCUGUUGGCACAGGAAUACGCCGCACAGUGCUCCGGCAUCGCUGAAUGAAUGAAUAUGAUUGACCGGAGCGUAUGGGAAGCUUGACCUGACCAAGAUGGCGGCCGCAUUUCUCGCUGCGCAGCACCCCCAGCGGGGUCUACCCUUUUAUUAUGUCUAUGAAACGCGCGGCAGCGGAAGGAGCGGAAAGAGCACGCUGCUGCGCAACAGAAAUAACCGUCCGUGUCAAACACCGUGCGCUGCACAUGGUUCCGGAUUUAAACGAUUCCUCGAGGCAUGUAAUUUGCCUCGAGGAAUUUUAUUAAUCGAGUUACUCGAGUAAUCGUUUCAGCCCUAGUUUAGUUGGUCUUCAUAAUUACGUUAUUGAGCAUGUCUCUGCUCUGACGGACUAGAGCAAAGCAGAGUAAACUUUAUUCAGCCUGCAUUUUACUGGUGACCCAUAUCAACCUGUGAAUGUAAAGGAAAUAGAGUGUAUGACCUGAACUGCAGCCUCUCACCAGGGACAGGCUUUAACAGUUUUGGCUUCACUUUUGAGGAGUUGUCAUGCUCUAGAUUUGUCCAUGUAGAUUCUCAUUCAUCCAGGUCAUGGUGAAUGAGAAUCUACAUGGACAUAUUUCUCAACUUUACACAGUCCACUUGCCUGUUUUUGGAGUCUUCAGGAUAAACAUGCUCUAGAUUUUUAUAAGCAGACGGUGGUAAAUCAAUCAGUGCAACCAAAUAACUACCAAACAAACAAGACAGGCCAACUAGCAUAAAGGCUUGAUGAAUGAACACUUGGAUGACCCUGUCUGUGUAACUAACCAGCUGACUGACUAAGAGGCUCCCUCGGCUGACUGCCUGAUUAACUGUCUGCUGUCUUACUGACUGUGUAAUCAGUGAAAGUCUGUGUGUUUAUAAAGCAACCACAGCCCUGGCCACUCUGAGCGCCUGAUUGACAGUCCUGCCUGGCAACUGUCUCUGUUCCUCCAGAGAGAGGCAGAGAACUGAGUGCUGUUAGCACUGAGCACAGAAGACAGUUAUUGAUUUUCCUCUUGUCUAUUAUUUUAGUUUUUUUUACAGAGAAAAGCUAAGUGAGCUAGGCAAGUGUCUUUCUGGAUGUAAGUAGAUUUAUAUUUGUAUGUUGGAGACUUCCUGUAUUUCAUCCACAUGUAUGUAUUUAGAGGGUGUGCUUUCUGUACAUCGAUCAUUAGGAGUGGGGAAGUGGGAAUAUAUCUAGCAUGUGAAUAGUGUUCCUUCUAUGCUACUGCCGUUCAGAGUUGAUUCCUAGCCAAUAAGCACAACAAUCCAUCUUCUCUUUACCCUGAGCACUAAUUGGAUAGAAACUGGCAGGUGGAAGAAAACAUGUUGUUGUGUCUUUAUGCUGUGCUCACUUGUCUGUGAAUCUGUUUCUGUGUGCUUUAACUACAAUCUCGACAGACACUCUUCCAUCUCACCAAGUCAGUGAUAAUGAACCAAAGUUGUUGGUUUUUUAACUGUUUGGGGUGAGAAUACAUUUUGAUUUCUUAAACUUUAUUGUAAUGUUGAUACCAUCCUAUGGGCAGACAAAUCAUGGAUCAGUGUAAUGUAAAAAAUAUUGGCAGUGACUUCUGUGAUCCAUGGCCCCUGACCCAUGUGUGUCUCCAGUUUUGUUUUAAUAUGCAAUGGAUGACUUUACCAACAAACCACUAUAACCAGACAGAGCCCAUUUAAAACGCAAUCUACAUUUUCUUGAUCAAAAUUUUGCUAAACUGUGCAGCCUUGUGAGAUCUUGUCAUCUGUGUUCAUUUACAUACUGAUGGUAGACCAUUGUUGCAAUGUGGCUGUAGCCAUUUAUCAAGGCAAGUGGAGGGUGGCUGCACUACACUUGAGACACAACAUAUCAGCAGCAUAACGAUAAAGAUAUUGAUAAACUGUUUCAGCUGAUGAGUAUUUCUUGAGGCAACCACCGAGGUUCACUUUAUUUCAUGGAAUUGUCAAAUCCCAUAGACUGUAUAUACUAUGGAGAACUUGGUUCCGCCUUCCGCCAGUAUAUGAAUUUGAAGCCGAAAAGCUCUCGGUAAUUCCGCGUUUUUUCUCCUCUUCCUGAAACCAACGCUCAGCUCAAACAGCGUAUCCCCUGGGUGAGCUACGCAAUAUUCGUACACCCAUAGGCACUAGCAAAUGUCAAUCAUAGAAAACAUGAACCCCCUAAUAACUUUUAAAAAUUGAGCUGUACAGAAAAAAAGAGGACUUGAGCACAAACCAGUCUUACAGUAACUACAUGUCAACACCGAAGCAGGGGGGAGAAAAAUUAAUAUUCUGUGUAAUAAAUUUCUAAAGUUUGUCCACAGCUCCAUAAGCUUUGUUGACAGAUGCGGGAUUUAUGACCUAUACUGCAGCCUGUCACCAGAGGGUGCUGUUUUGGAGGUGGCUUCACCCAGCGAGGAGGCAGAUGGCGUCCAUUCUAUAUACAGUCUAUGCUUGAAAGCAACUACAAGAUCCCACAACAGCAUCCACAUUGACAGAGUUUUACGAUAAAUUGGCUUAUUCAUUUAUUUUUUUUAUCAAAUGAUGUCUGCUCACAUUUUUCAUAAACACUUUUUUGUUGCUCCGUUGAGUGAUUUUGAAAAACUAUGUUGAAAUACUCGAUGUAAUAAUGACACAGGUCUGGCAUCAGUAUCAACUUUUGAAGAAGUGAUAUUUCAGACAAUACAUUUCACUAAUCAGCUAUGAAGGAUGGGAGCUGGGCACGACUGUUGUAAAGUUUGCACUUUAAAUUAAAAAAAUUCUGCUUGGUUAUCAUUUUACGCCUUUGCCUUAGCUCUCCUUAGUUUGAGUCUGUUUUUUGUUUUAGGUGAAAAACACACGUAAAUACUUUAUUUCAUACUUAGCAUUGGCAAAUUAAUCUUACAUUCAGCUAUUUGAAAACCAUAGAGUCAACAAACAGAAUAAACCAUGCUCGCUCGAAGUGAACCUCUGCCUACCGAGAGAAGCAUUCAGCUGACAUUAAUGAGCUGAACGAAAUAUUCGAAAAACCUCUCAGUAUCACUCAAUGCAAUAAACAGCAGCUCAAACCACAGCCUCCAAAAUGAUCAUAAAGUUGAAGCUGCACCGCUUUAAACAGUUUCAAUAAAAACUGAGUGUUAUUACCUCCAUGAAGGUAGGAUUUACUGCAGGGUUGUUCAAUUAAACUAAAUUAGUGCUUUCUGGAAUACCUUACAAACCGGGAUCUGAGUAUAUGUCUUAAAUUCAGUGUAAAACUCAGGCCGGGAAAUUUGGCUGCCCUCUCCACCCUGAGUGUUACGCAUAAAAAAGCUUUCGCUGUCUCUAAAUUAUCCAAGUGUGGAUGGAGACAGUCCAAAAUUGGACCUGGGUCACUAAAUUGAACUGUGUGUACUGUGGGAGGUUCGAGGGGUCAGUUUGAAAUUCAGGAACUACUUCAUACACUAUGCAUGAGGCACACUGUCCCAUCACACUGCUGUAUAUCAAUGUAGCAAUACCUGCACACUCUGCUGCCACAAACUCACACAUUGCACGCACCUUAAUGCAAGCUUAAAUUCCCGCACAUGCACAAACACAGCCACUUUCACACAAAUACAGCUUUUUCACGCACAUAUGCAGACACGCACUGUCCCCCUUUAUAUCUCAGGACGUGAGUGGAACAGUAAAGCUAAAUCCCCUUGUCACAUUUGCCGCUCAUCUCCAAUUCAAUGGCACAGGCUGCGAUGCCCUCGGAUGCACUUGGCAAGAGAACAGCUAACCUGCCCGCCAGCAUAUCUGUCUGCCAGCCGAGCACCGAGAGGUAGUUAGCAUGCCAACUAGCCCACCCGACGGCCACAAGCUAAUGCUUCAGGAACACUCAGUUGCCCUGUGUCUUUUCAAAGGACUCUGCUUGGAUGUGUGUUGACACUAGAGGUGUCAUACCCUAUAGUAGUCUGGCUUUCUAAACCACAACCACCCAUGAGUGUUUAAUACACUACAGAAAGACACGGGCAAUUCUGAAUAACCUCUUCAUAAAGUUGGUUCAGCAGAAACAGACCAUUAACAGUGAGACCCAUUUAUGGCAUAAAAAAAAGAAAACAAGACCACCUGAAGCAAGACUGUCAAUUCCUAUAGUGGUACUGUGAGGGAAGAGGUUAAAACUUGCCGAAGCCUUUUUGAAAACUUUCUUCACAGCAAUAAGAACAUUUGAUAGAGAUUUUUUUUUCUUUUUUUUUGUCAAAAACACACAUUUAGGUCAAGAUCAACUGAGAUGAGAGAGAUCACGUUUUCCACAGGGGAGCCAAAAUAAGGACAAACAGAAAGUUCCUCUCGGGACAUUCAGAUCUUGCCAGAACUGUUAAAUACACAAAAAUAAAACCUGCAAGGCGUCUCACAUGAGUUAUUUUUGUCUUUGCUUUCAAUCUGAAGAGUUUUGUUGAAAGGUUUAGUUAUUAGCACAGAAUGCACUUUGGUUUUAUUGUGUCCACUGGUAAAGUACAGAAGCGAUGCUGCUACAAAUUAUGAUAAAUGUUCUCUGUUUUAUAUUAAUUUCCUUCAUUUUAAAAAAAAAAAUUCCAUCUAGUCUGAAAAAGCUCAACUGAACAUUAAUCUUAGCUUUUUACAGUGUCCCUGAAAACAAUAUUUCCCCCAAAGGUAUCAUCUAAUACUAAAUGCAGCUGCCACAGUUUUAACAAAUGCAGAGCAAGACAAUAGUAUCACAUAUCUGAUCCCUGCACAGGCGACUUUUAACUAUUAGAAUUGAUUUAAAAGUCCUUUUACUUAUCUGCAAGGCCUUACAUAAUUUAGCACCUUCAUAUAUUAUUGACUGCCUCUCAUUUAUGUCCUAAUGUGAACUCUCAGAUCAUCCACUGCCUUUCUUAAAAAGUCUCUAAAGCGUCCGAGAGGAAAUCUGCUGAAGCUGCUUUCAGAUUUUAUGGCCUGAACUGUGAAACUCUGAGAACAGCACAUUCAAGAGAAAUUAAGGACACUUUUGAUUCAGUUCUUGGUUGGAGUUAAAUUGCUUUCUUAUUGGUCAUAUUGAGUAGCUUAGUAUUCAAACUGUGUUGGUUGGUUAGUGGCUAUUCUUUUUGAUCCUCCUUUGUCAAGACACUGUUAGUCAUACAUACACACCCCAGAUGCCCCUCCAGCUCCUUUACUUUUACUCUCUCAAAUUUUCACUGGACUUAAAAAAUAAAAAUUAGGCUUUUUUUUAAACUCUUUCCUCCAUCCUGCAGGACUAUAUCCCCUCUCUUCUCAGUUUACAGUCUGCUUCAUGCACUGCCUGCCUCGUCUGUUACUGUCACCACUCACUACAAUACAGAGUGUUGGUACUAUGGCAACAGGGCCGAGGCAGUUACAAUCUCUGGGAUUACAAUGUGAUGUAUUAUAAAGAGUAGCAUAGCAGCUGGAAAACUCAGACACUACAGAAUAGAUUUGAUGUUAUUCCCCCAAAAGUUUAGGAUUGUUGGUUUGUUGGAACGGUUGCACAGUCAGUUAAAAUAAUGUACUGUACUGAUCCACUGAGUCACAGUUUGAAUAUGAAAAAUGUAGACACUCUGCAGUAAAUUAGGUCAUGUUUUGGCUUAUAAUGAUGAUUUGUUGCCUGCUGCACCAGCUCUGCAUGAGAUGUGUCCUAAGUUAAGGUGUAAGUCCACACAAAAACGAAAUCCAGAAACGUGGAAACUUAAAGCUACUGUUCAGAGUUUUUUGAUGUUCAUGAAAUUAUCUGAAAUUUAUAUCAAUGCCUUAAUAUGACAUGCAAGAGCAAACAAGACUGACAGCAAAAAGAUGCACGAUUUUAAUGCCAUAAUUUUUAAUACCUGAAUCCAGUGCAAGGGGUCAACUGGCCCGCUGUCAAAAGUCAGCGGUAGGAGGUUUUUUGCUCUGGUUAUGCGACUUGAGCACGUAGAGGACAAGAUUUGUAAAGACUGCUUUGUCCACGGGGGAUGCCAAAAUUGACACAAACAGGAAGUUCCUCACAGAAGCUUUAAAAUUGUUUAUUGUUUGGUUGCACCAUGUGGAAAUAAGGUGGAGAAAUGACAUUUUCAAUAUAUUCAGCCUAUCAGAGAACAGCACUUUUUCUGGGGUGCUUGAUCAAACGUUGACCCUUAAUGACUGAUUGCCUCUAUACAGGCUAAUGGCUGAAAAUAACAACCGGAAACUUCCAUUCAUUGACUAAUAGUGUAAAGGUAACUAACUUAAAGGUGUGUAAAACCAGUCAAAGCAUUAUGAUAAGGUGAGAGUCAAUCUACAACAGUGAAAUCCAGUAAAAUCAUUAAUUACCUCAUACACUAUUGUACUGUCUUAUUGUGCAGAUGUGGUUAUCUCUACAAAAGCAGGAGUUAAUAUUAAAUCAAUCACUCUUGUAUUGUUGUAUUUUGUGGCGAACAUGUUGCUGACACAAACAGCUGGUAGCUAAGUGCUAAGUGUAAGGUUUAUGAUAGAGCUCAUGCUGACAUUUUAACUACCUGGGCUGGUGCAACCCCUAAGAUGUACACUUGAAAUUAGAAAUGAUGUUCAAAUUUGGGUUUCUCCAAAUCUACACAUGCUGGUCUUUUCAAAUCAAAAUGGCUAAAUCAAAGUAAAAGAAAGCUCAUUAGUCCAGUAUUCCCUACUCUCAUUAAAAGGGCCCAAAUUGUGGAAAUAUUGCUUUUCUUUAGGAAGCUGGAAGAACAAAUAAAUGAAUGGUGUCAUAAAUUCAACAUGGUGACUGGUAACAUGACUUCAGUUACAUGUAUUGUUAAAUCCCUUCCAAUAAGCACAAUAUUUUCCUAAGUGUCACAAGCAAAGCGAGCUUAAGUUGGUCUCUCCUUUUUUUAAAUUAAAAUUCCCAUUAGAUGGUAUCAGUGGUUGGUAUUAUUCGUGUUUUUAUACAAAUAAAUAUUAAAACUGGAUUUACUUUGAUUUAACAAGGCCAUGACUAAUGGAGAGAAGCUUGAGAGAAGGUCAGUAAAUAUAAGAAAACCUCAAACGUAGCCUGUUCAGAUGAGCUAUACGCUAAACUUUGAAAGACAAAACCAGGUGUUACAGGUGUAUAAGGGUUGAGACGCUCUCUCUGGUGGAUAUGAACAUUUGUGGAGGUUAUAUUUUGUUUACUUUACUGAAAUAUAAAUUUACAGUGUGAUUCCUCAGCUCCUGUUUGUGAGUGUGCUGGACUGAUAUGCCACAAUGCAUUCUGCCUCUGUGAUUUUCCCCUGAGGUACUGUUCAUGUAAAUGGUAAAUUUGACACUUUCUCUUCUUUUUUUACCCUCCCCCUCUCUUUCUGCCAUUUUUUUUUUCCAGGGCACACUGACGAAUCACGGCUGAGGUACUCAAAGAAAGCAGGAGGAGAAGAAGUGAAGACGCAGGGAUGUCAUUCAUGUUUUUUUCAGCCUCUUUCUGUUCUUCUCCAAUAUAUCUAUCUUUUAUCCAUCUUUUAUUUUUCCACCAUCACUAAAAAAAACUCUCCUGUUUCCCCCUCUCCGUCCUCCUUGUUUUUUGAGUGUAUUAUCUUGACAUGUCACUCCAGAGUUUAUGAUGUGUUGAUUUAUUGUCAAGUUGCGCCGGCACACCCCUGCCAUCUUUGAAAUAAAUCCCAGUGAUCCGGUGGUGAUGAGGCUGCA